ACAGAACGUUUGACCAUGCCACAACAGCAGAGGUAAGAGAUAUAAACACAGUAGUUAUACAGUAGUGACAUGGAAAUAUCAGCACAUUUUUAAAAUGUUAAGUUAUGAACAAGCUAUUCGGACGUUGCCAUUUGUAGUACACAGCUUAUUAAAAUCGGUUAGGAAACAAUAUGUUAGUAGUCCGUUUGCUCGUCUAUGUGUAUCGAUAAUUUUUAGCUAAACUCAGUGCUAAGUACUACUCUCAUGGAGGUAACUUGGGAGUAAGUUGCAUGCUAUGUGAUGCUCUUAUGUAAAUAAUUGGUUAAACGAGUGUUGGGACGUACUUCAGCGGUUAACAGCGGGAAGCAUGAAAUAUAGCUGUUCGCACACACCUACAGUGAGAUAACGUGAUCAAGCUUUAAUACACACACAAGCUUUAGUCUUAUGUGUCAGGUGAGAUUAUAAGUCCAGGUGUAGAUACAAAUUCACUUAUGGACCUGGUAUAACAUAAUAAGGUAACAAGCUUAACUGACUUACGUGUUUAGAUAUAAUGUGCUACACCAGCACACAUAUGUUGUCUAUCGAGAUUCACAGAUUGGUACAAAAGUACUGCACCUUAUUUUGUGUUGACAACGUAAUGGUUCAAGCUAUAUAUACAUAUAUACAUUUGGAGACAUAUGUUGAUUGGUGUCGUGUGGAUGUCUCAGUGGGGUAGCGUAAUGUUUAUCAAGUUUAGCUGAUGUGUGCGAAUGUGUCGCCUAUACAUAAUCUGGGUUCCUGUUGUGCUACAGCAGUAGGCUGUAUUGAUGCGGUGAAAUAUGCGGGUAUAUUAUGUAUGAGAAUUAUACACUGCUGCAUAGAUCUAGUGUAUGCCUGUGUGGUUUGAGGGAUUCUAGCCAGGAACUGCUGUAGUGUUGUUAUUUUAGUGAAGUGAACCCAGCCUAGGUUUGUAUCAUGCUGUGUCGGCAGUGGUUCACUUAUGGGAUGUGAGGUGCCGCAAACCUGUUGGUAGGCAUGCAGUGUCUACUGUUGUGUGCCUUGUCAAAUCAGUAAACGAUGUGCUCAAAACUUAAGUUAUCAAUGAGAAGUAACAUGGGGACCAUCUCGGUCGCUAUCAGUCCCGGUCGGAGAGCCUCUCGUGGCUUCAUGUAGUCGCUGUAGCAUACGGUUCCCCUGUGUGUCGUCGUGGCGUAAACAGGGCAAUUUUGCUUGGGUCCCAGGUAUGCAUGGGCCUGGUAUCGGGUUGUGACUGAGGUUUUAAUAAAAGGUCCUGUGGUAGUCCCAAGUUCCUUAGGAGUGUGCUUGCGUCUCGUAGCUCCUGGAGUUGGUGUGUGUUCUCUCCGUGGGUGACCUGGAGCAUGCGGGGCAGGCGCCAGCGGUAUCCUAUGUUGCGCUGUUGGAGCAGUGAUGUUAGGGGAUUGAAUGACCUCCGCCAGGCCAUUGUACUGCUGGACAGGUCGCUGUAAAAUUCCAAUGCCAUAUUUUCAAAGCAGUAGUUUGGCUUACACCUGAUUGCCUUCAUGAUUGCCAUCUUGUCUGCUCCGUGCCUGAAUUGGAUUAUCAGGUCGCUUGAUGCCGUUGGUGGGGCUUUGGCUGGUUUGGGGAUAUGAAAAAGCCCAUCCAGGGGUGUUGCUUUGGCCUGCUUGGGUGGUAGUAGGUCUCCCAUCAUUCUCCGCAUUAAGUGCGGCAGCACCGCUUAGGGGACCGCGUCUGGUACCCCCCUGAGUUUCAAAUUGUUCCGCCGUAAUUAGUCCCUGCAGCCCUCCACUUAUCGUGGCAAUGUCGGCUUGCAGGGUGUUGUGUAGUUCUGCAAGGAGUCCCUUUAAGGCCGAUAUAGUAACUGGGGAUGUGUCCGGGGUUGUGGGUUUUGUCGGCGGGGGUUUAGCCGGUGUGAGUGAAAGUGUCUCUUCCUCCUCCGAGGUCAGGUCAUCCGAGAAAUCGUAACAACCACCCGACAGCGCGUCCAUCUUGGGCCCGCUCGCGCCAUGUGCUUGGCAACACAUUUUGCCGAUGUUUAUCCCCAGGUUAGGUCUGUCCUGUUUGGGCUUUUUCGUUUUGCAUCCCAUGGUGGUAAGGUGUGUGGGUUUGAUGUCUGGGAUCUCGGUAUAGCGGGAAACAGCCCUUAAAAGUAAGAUUUUGUUGGCUUUUGGUUCGGAGCUGCAGUGGCGUGCGUGCACUCAUCCAUUUCUAUUCCUCUCUUAGUGCUGCACAUACACACUGCCCGCCUACUCACUCAGGGUUAUGAUGUGGCUACUAGUUCAUGCGCUGCAAAAGCAGCCUAAAACAGCAGCAGCGUCCUUCACACCCUAGCCAGCAGAGCAAUCUGCAUUCUGGUGGAAGUAAGGAAGCAUUGACUCCUCUAUUCCUGGUAUUACUGUACACUUAUGGCCUAUGAUGUAUGUCUGCCUAGCUCAGACUUGGGGCUUUUCAUGAGCCCCAUGGACUGCAGUCUGGAUCAGCCUCCCCCAGCACUCUGCUAAAUUCCAACAUGUACCCUUUUGUACUGCACACCCCUAAGGCCGGCGUUGACUGCAUAGUUGUUCGCUUCCUAUCUGGACACCACAUAUACAUCAGAUUGUGAGGGUAAAAUUAAUGAUCAUGUAGUCUUUCAAAUUGCAUAGGUCCCAACAUCAGCAUCCCAUGAAUUGGAACGCUAGUGUUUGGGGUUAAAAGGGGCAGACUCUCUUGGAACCAAUACUUAUGUGGCUUCUUUAUAGAAAUGACAAAUGAUUUAAAAUGGAGAUGAAUAUUUAAUACACUACAAGACUAAAUAUAUUUUUUUAGAGUACAUAUUUCAUCUGUUUUAUUGAACUAAGAAGUUUGAAUGUGAAUGGAAUGGAAGAUGCCCACUGGAACCACCAAUGGACUAGAGGGACUAGCCCUAUUUAAUGGGACUGAUGGUAGGGUGGAAUUAGGCUGCUUUUUUGGGGAGCAUUAUUGUUAUAAUUGCUUUUAAUGAAUAUUGGUCUCUGAGGAAGUCCCAGAAGUGGGGCGAAAUGUGUAAGACCAUUUCUUUCUUUUUAAUUGUAUUUUUUAUACUACCAAUAAAUCCCUUUUUAACAUAUCUACCUGUCGGAGUCCUGCAUGGUUCCUAAUACUGGGUGAUACCUGAUCCUGAGAGGGAGACACUACCCCCCCCCCCCCAAGACACCUGGGGGAGGCACCAUCAGAGCACAUAUUACUCCUAUUUCUUGUGAGUGCAACCUAUAGCAGGGAAUAUAAUAUUUACACUACUGUAUAACGCUAUGUUCUUUUUAUUUAUUAUUUUUUAGGUAUAUCAGCUGAAUCUCACGUAUAUUGUAUAUUUUUUUAUCUUGGAAUAAUGUGACUGACUUAUAACAAUAUGUGCAACAACGUGUAAUUUAGAACAAGAACAAUGUUUAUACACUGACUGUUCUAAACACAUUUAUUGUUGUUUAAAGACACAUUACUGUAAGUAUUAUUACUGUGAUGUUCUGUUAUACACGGAGAUACACCAACAAUACAGAAUUCCUACAAAAGAGGGACAUUAUGAAAGAAAAGAGGACAAAGGGAUUUGUGCCAAAAUGAAGACUGGACUGUCUUAUGAUGUCCCAUAUGGACUAAAAAUUCAAUAUACUUUACUAAUUUGUGAUGUAUAAUGCAUUUACUUAAAAUAAGCCUCCCUAUUGUGUGCGUGUAUAUAUAUAUAUAGAUAUAUAUAUAUAUAUAUAGAUAUAUAUAUAUAUAGAGAGAGAGAGAGAGAGAGAGAGAGACACACACCUGUAUGUACACCUGUAUGUAUAUAUAACAUAUUCUUACUUGAUGAAAAUCCAAAUAGUUUUACAUGUAAUUGGUCAGUGCUUUUAAAGCAGUUAACCCUUGUAAUCAUGUCUGAUUGCAGGUCUUAGCAGUGAAUAGGUAGCAAUUUAUAAGCUUUCUUUUGUUUGGUAAAGACCGGCAACACACAGGUCAGCAAUGCUUGCAGGCCAUGGAGGGUUAAAAGGGAGUGUUUGUAGCAAGCUUGUUGUCACCAGGGAGAAGAGUGUAAACUAUUGGUAGGGAAACAAAACACUAAGCAGGUCUUUGUGAAUAGGCAUUUUCAUUGCACAGAUUUUUACGUAGUAUGUGCUGUCUGUCGUGGACAGUCACUGAGUGAGAGAAGUUUGUCACACUGAACAAAGAAUGACCUGAUAUCAAGACAGGAUAUUGGGAGGUCUUCUGUACUUCAGAGGGGUUGGAAGUAAGUAUUGAAAGGGGAUGAACUAUGGGAAAAAAAGUAAAAUAAAAAAGUGCUUAUAGAUCAGGAGUUUACAGUAGCAUUGUAGCUCUGAGAUAUUGUACACAAUGUACGGGAUAUGAAAUGAGUACCUUUCUGUACUCAUUUUGCAUUCUUUUUGUAACCAAAUUAAAGAAGAACAUUGAUUUAUUAAACACAAAAUUAAUUUAUACUUGUUCAGCUGUAAGAUAUAGUUUUGUAUAGUCUCAUGGAAUGUUGGGUGAAUGGUGGUAAUCAGGUAUCAAUACUCUACACAGGGGUACUGAUUGACAACGGCAACGAGCAUAGUUAUUGGAAUAUCACUAAAUCUGCGAGUUAUUUAUUGUGGUGGUGCGGUGUCGAUGCAAUAUUAUUUAGAAGGGUUAUUAGCAUGGUAAAACAAAUAGUUCAAAUAAGUUCAACACAAACACAGACCAGGUAACAGUCUGCACUGCUUUGCAACAUUCAGCCCAAUUUAUAGACACUGUUGUCCUUUGUGCUUUUAUAGGUUUGCACAGAUAUGGCGCAGACUUUGCGCAUGCAAUUUAGAACCUGGUAGUAAAGUCCUCAGAGACUGUACAUGUGAUUCAGGGUUUAUUUUCUGUAGAAGCACAUUUCUGCAAAAGAAUUCUGACUAUAUUGUGUGUCCAUGACUUUUGCCUCAAAAUGCAUGUUUUUGUCUAAAUGUAGCAAUGUUGCUAUGCAUUGAAGACAUGGUUGCUAGGGCACGUUUGCAGGGCACAGCUAGGAUAAUGGCAUUCUUGCUGGGCACAGGGGAUUCUCUGGUAAACAAAGCAGUCAUGCAUAAGGCUGCAUAGUGCAGGGUCAGUGAGAAUAAACACGUGGGUAUAAAUUGUAAGAUAUGGCACACUUGCUGAUAGAAAAAAAAUAAAACUGACAAAUGAUUCUUGACUUUUCCUACACUGUGAGCUGUAGGAGAUUGGACUAGGCUUUACUCAACAUGUGUGACUUCCAUAUUUACCAACAUCUGAAAUGGUCAAAGAUGGACUAUUUCGUUGUAGGAGUAUGGUUGGGUGUGUGGCCAUGGGCGGGGUUGUUUUCAGACAUUUUUGGCAACUUACUUAUAUCAAGAUAUGCAAAUAAAAUGUAACUUAGAACAAGACAAUGUAUGUUUUUUACACAGACUGAUUUCUAAACACAUUUAUUGUAGUUUACUAUGAGUAUUAUUACUGUGGAGCUCUGUGAUACCCUCAGAAACAACAACAAUAUAAAGCUGCUAGAAAAGAGGAAGAUUAAAAUAGAAAAGUGGGACAUUUUUGGGUAUAAAAUAGGGACUGUCCUUACUAAAUAGGGGCACUUAAGAGGUAUGGCGCCCUGUGGUAAUGGGAAAAGACCAUAUAGAGGAUCUUUUUUGUGGGUAAUCUUCAUUUACAAGAAGAAAUCGAGGUUUUACUUUUUACUGAUAAUCUAUGUUACGGGAAAACUGCAUCUAUGCUCAGGCCAUACUCAACGUUUGCUUGCUCUGAGCUCAAUCUGCAAUUUUUGCUACAAACUCUAAAGUGGGCUGAUUGUGUUUAAUGCUGCAUUGUUUACAAUUAUAAACAAUUAAAAGUUCACAUUGUAUUAAUAGUAUUAAUUGCAGUGAUGAUUAUGUUUUAAGGAGCAUAUUGAAGUAGGAACGGCAGUGAUGGGAAUCAGGCACGGUUAUUAACUGUGGUGAGAAUAUAAAGUGAAUUUCAACUUUAAGAUCAAAAUAAUUGGCCGAAUUGGAAAGAUUCCCAAGGUUUCCUAAGUUUGGCUACUUUGGCCUUAAAUUUGAAAUGCACUUGGCAUUCUAACUUUAUUGAAUAACCCUGAGGCAGUUGUAGUAAAGUAAUAUUAAUUAAUAUUUCAGAUAUUCUAUUUUUAUUGAAUAUAAUUUACAAAUAGCCAGACUGAAUUGUACUAUGACUGUUACAUAAGACAUUCUAAAUGGAAAUUCACAACUCUCCAAAGUGAUUAGCAGGAAUAGUCAGAAAGGGUUUUAUUUACUAAAUUAGUAGCGGGAUAGAACUGGCAAGGGACAUUCAAAUUUUUAAGGUAAAAAAAGUUAGAAGGGUUAUUUACUAAAGUGAGACGUGUACGACCAAAAUAGCUGCAUUGGAAAAAUUUCCCAAGUCAUCUAAUCACUUAGAAUUCCUUAAAAUUAUUACUUCUGUAAAUAACUCUGAAAAGAAAAUCUCAAAUUUUUUUCGGCUCAGAUUUUUUGAUCUAACAUUUGAAGUUAACUUUUGAAUUCUACAGCAAAGUGUUCUGAAAAGUGACAGUCAAAUUCCAUCAUUAUUUUAAUCAGAGGUAUUAAAGUGAUCCUAAAAGUGACUGUUUAAAUUAUAGUAAGAAAGUUUGCAAGUUUUCACAGAAAUGCUGAAUUCAGAAAGGAACAAAUUUAAAGUUGCGGGGAAAAAAUCUUUUGUAUUGUAAAGUGUGGUGAAAAAGGCAAUACAUCCAUUGCCUCAUCCAUACAAAAAAAUCAUCAUGUUUGAUGCUUUUUCAUCUCCUGCAAAACUCAAAACAAAAUAUGCAGCAUCUAAAGUGAGCUCUCAUUAAACCAGGCAGUGACUGAUGACCUUGACGUUCUUAAAUAGCACUACUGUGCUUUAAUGCUGGAUUGAGAACCCUUUGGGUCAAGUGCUGAUGAUUUUUAAGAGCCUUAUAAGCAGUAAACACUAUAACAACCAUAACACCCAAGUGUCUUGUAUCUGGUGGAAGUGGUGGUGAAGAGACACUGGUAGCAUGCAUUUUAAGCCUAAAUGCACCGUGUGUAGACCGUAUCUCCAGAAGGAUAUUGAUACUUUAGAGAGAGUUCAGAGAAUGGCUACUAAACUGGUUUAUGGAUUGCAGGAUAAAACUUACCAGGAAAGGUUAAAGGAUCUUAACAUGUAUAGCUUGGAGGAAAGACGAGACAGGGGGGAUAUGAUAGAAACAUUUAAAUACAUAAAGGGAAUCAACACAGUAAAGGAGGAGACUAUAUUUAAAAGAAGAAAAACUACCACAACAAGAGGACAUAGUCUUAAAUUAGGGGACAAAGGUUUAAAAAUAAUAUCAGGAAGUAUUACUUUACUGAGAGGGUAGUGGAUGCAUGGAAUAGCCUUCCAGCUGAAGUGGUAGAGGUUAGCACAGUGAGGGAGUUUAAGCAUGCGUGGGAUAGGCAUAAGGCUAUCCUAACUAUAAGAUAAGGCCAGGGACUAAUGAAAGUAUUUAGAAAAUUGGGCAGACUAGAUGGGCCGAAUGGUUCUUAUCUGCCGUCACAUGCUCUGUUUCUAUGACAACCUCUCAACCCAAUCUAUCUGUCCAUCUUACAAAGCUCUCAUCUCCUUUCAUUCUCUAAUCACAAACUGAAUCUUCACUUCUCAGGACUCUUAUUAUCCACUCCUCUCCUUCUGUUCUCACUAGCAGGUGAAGCUGAAUACUGUUAUGCAACCUGGGACAGAGAAAGAGGUGGAUGCAGAAGGGAGAUAUGACACACUGCUUACUCUGCCUAUACUGGGCCCAGUCCUGGGGCUGCAGCCCAUUUUAGCCCCUAGGGCAGUGGUUCCCAAUACAUUUUUUCCAUGGAACCCUUUGACAUAGUGUACCAAAUCAUGGAACCUCCCCAAAAAAUGUUCGCCUUGUAGCACUAACCAUUUUAUGACCAAAGCGAAAUGUUUCCUUUUUUUGUCUAAUUCUUCUUAUAUCUGGUUUAGUUGUUGACAAUUGUACUUUCAUGUCUGCAGCUGCAUUAAGUCGGUUUUAAUACUACUUUUUUUCGUGUGUGUGUGUGUGUGUGUAGGGGGGCGGAGGGAGACAGGGGUGUACAUACACUUCUGUCUGACUCUAAAAAGAAAAAAAAACUAUCCUCAGACGCCAUAUUGGGUGCUAUUCUAAAGGGCAGUACAAUAAAACAAAUAAUUCCCCUCCUAUGUAAACCCAUAUUGGGAACAAUACUGAUUGAAGUAACAAAAAUAGCUGAAAGAAUGAGAGGUAUCCUAUAGGCAACUGUCCUGUGUAGAUGCACGAAACCAACUCAUUGAGUCUAAAAUAUGUCUAACAGGAGGCAGGAAUAAGAUCGCGGUCUCACGAUCCCUGCUGUUUCUGACUUCAAGGAACCGCAAGGAGCAGCAGCCAUAAUGAAAAUUGCAGCACAACCCCAAUCUCUAUGUCAGUGUUUCCCAAUCUUGGGUUCUGUGGAGAGUUUAGCUCACAAGCAGUGGUUUAUAGGUACAUCAUAGAUUUCCAAGAGUUGCAUUUGAAUUGCCAGUUUUCUACUGUUGAAAUACAUUCACACCCAGAAAGCUACAUCAGGACAUCAUGCACAGCAGUUUUAUGAAGCACAAACAAAUAAAUCAUUGCAGCUGAGGGGACCACACUGAAAUUUUAUUUUAAAAAAACAAUACACCCAGUAUGACAUCUCUGAAAUGAAAAAAGGAGGUUUUUACCAGAUAAAAUAUCUACAAGUACAUUAAAGUGUACAACAUCCUGAAUCAUAUUCCAAGAUAAAAUUCAGUUCUCCAAAAUUAGCCUUUCCAAAAAUCCAGCAAUAAGUCUGAAAUAAAUCUAUGCCACUCAACAUUUCUUUACCCAAUGCUACUACUAGGUGAAUAAUCUGAGUUACAUCAGUGGUUGAUAAUUUAUCAUUAGCUUAUAUGUAUAGGCUCUAACUGAGAAUGUAUACUGGUAACACAGGUCAACUUGGAAUAGGUAAUAUAGACUUGUUCAUUUUGGGAGGGUGUGAAAAACCGGUAUUGCUGGAUCUAAAACCAGUACAGAUUAUCAAUAAAGGCAGAAAGGUAAAACUGAAUAUGUUUUGUUUGCAUGUGGAGUCAGGGCUGGCUGUGGGUCAAGAUGGGCCAAUUGGACCUAAGUGGCACUUGGAAAUGUGUAAGUUUCUAAUAAUUACAUUUAACAUUAGUUAUCUUAAUAUAUUUUUAAUUUUGCUUUAAUUCCUGAAUCACAAAUGAGGUUUGAAUUGCAUAUGUCAUUUUGUUAAUAAGUGCUUUAGACUUAAGGAUCCCACAAAAGCUUGUUUUUACAAAAUUCUGUUACUGCAAAUAAAAUUAUAUUAUAUGAUAAUUUAUUAUUUGACAUCUGCAUCUUUGUUUACACUCUUUCAAUGCUUUGAUUUAAUAAAGCAAAACUUUCAUAAAAUAAUCACUUCAUUUAUUUUUAUAUGGUCCUACAUGUCACAAAACGCCUAUUAAUUACAUCAAAGUAUUUUUCUUUGAAUGGUUUGCUUCAGCACGUUAUUCGCAAAGAACAUAGUGGAUCUAAUGAUGUUUUGUAGGUGUACUGUUGUGUAAUUAGUUUUGUCAGACAGGAAUAAGAUAUGUUUCAAAUUAUAGUAUUGCAAGCAAAUACUAUAAAAGAGUAUAACAAAAGAAACCAUGUGGGGGUUUAUUCACUAAACACCAAGUACUGGUGGAUUGAAAGCUAAACUGCAAAGUGUAGGCUUAAAUAGCUGAAUUGGAAAAAAUCUCUAACUCCACAAUUAUCACAGCUUGGAUAUUUUAGUCUAAAGUUCAAAAUUUGCAUUUCAAUUAAGUAAAAUACCUAUAAUAUUUUCUUUUUAAAAUUUAUUUAGUUGUAAUUUUAGAGACUAAUGUUCUCUAUGCCGCGCAAUGUUUAAAUGUUUUUUAAUUGUAUAGUUCUGUCUUUUCAAGCUUCCAUUAUGUUAUUUCAUUAAAAUAAUGAUCAUUUUAUAGGUGCAUAUGCAUGUGGGUUACACAUAAAUGUCACAAUCUGUGUGUACAUCUGCCAACCAUUUAAAAGUGCAUGUCAUGUUUUAAUGUAUUCUUUGUGUCUUGAGAAAAGGAAAUAAAUGGACAUAUUUGGCCUCCUAGAGGCCCAAGCCCCAUGGCUACCAGCUCGAAACCGGUUCUAAUAGCAAAAUCACCUGUACUUUUUCUACCUUUCUUGCUUACUCAGCAGAUUGUUCAGCAAGAGCCUCAGGGCUUUGUAGAAGUCAGAGAUCUAUACAUUCAUGUGUUGGUAUUUAAUGGUGACAUUGUUACCAGCAGAAAAAAAACUCCUGGCUGCAGAAGUAGAUGAGGCUUUGUCUUAGAUUUCAUUUUAAAGGUGUGGAAAAUGUACGUACCUCUAUAUGACUGUGUAAUCAGGUAAUAAACUUGUAAUAACCAAGAGCAUGUUUUUGUUCUAGAUGCGCCAGUGAUGCUGCUUGCCCUUCACCCAAUGGAACUCCUUCCCAACCAACCAGAUAUAUUUCGAAAUUGUAUGCUAACCUAGUGAUAUUUGAAAGGACAGCGAGGUUGAGUUAAUUCUCAGUGAUUUAGUUCCCUUCUACCAUUUUCUUGCCAUUAUGUCAUCCCACCAGGGAGGAAGUGUCCGCAGUAUCCGUACAUUUAAGUCCAGUGAACAGUACCUGUAUGCCAUGAAAGAGGACUUGGCCGAAUGGUUAACGGACCUAUACAACCUGGAUAUUAAUGUAGAUAACUUUGUAGAAGUCCUGGAGACUGGAUCGAUACUCUGUCAACACGCCAACUAUGUUACGCAGGUGGCAAAUGAAUUUACUGUGGAAUACCCCACUCUAGCAGAGAAAAUACAGCUGCCAAAAUCUGGAGUAAAACUUAAUGCUGCAGCCCAACCUGGAACAUUCCUGGCCAGAGACAAUGUUUCCAAUUUUAUUCGGUGGUGCCGCAUGCAGAUGGACAUAAAAGGUAGGAAUGCAUAUUUUAUUAGUAGGGAAUAAAUAAGAACAUCAUAAGUACGUUAGUAUAUAGUUUCCAUCUUUUAUUUUACAGGUAGAUAAUUUUUUUUUUUAAAUUCAAGGCAAAUAAUAGUUGAAGAAUAAAAACCAAAGUGUAGAUGCCAAUGUGAUACACUUACAUCAAUUUUAUGAGUUUUCCAAAUGGAUCAAUGAUGUUAUAACACCUUUCUAAAUUAUUAAUCUGUAAACAUUCUGUAGAAAAAUCAUUUGGAAAGCUUAUUAAAACAAGACCUUAGAUCUCCAUGCCAACAGUCCUGGGUCUAGUGACACAAUUCCUGUUUUAGGCUCCUUUACAGCUGUCCAGGGUUUGUUCGCUGGUGUCCUCAGUUAGCCAUCACAAGCUGCAGCGUGGACACAUGAUUCAGGGCUCAACUCAUGUUCAGAGCAUGUUAGGAGCACUUUGUGCAUGGUCAGUCCUUAGUGGGGCUAGCCACUGCGUCUCCAUGUCAGUCUGGUCUGCAGUUAUAUCCAUAUGACAUGCCAUUUUUGUGUGUGGAAUCUUCCUGGGUGAUUGUCAUUGUUGUCCCUCUCACCCUCUUGGAUCUAUAACCAUGUUCCACUGCGAUAUCUCCCAAUGCUGGGAGGAAUGGCUCACUGUUAAAUUAAUACGCCAUCCGGAUAUUUUUUUUACAAUUUUUUUGCAGGUUACUAAAUGUCUCUUGCACUGGACUUAAAAAAAACCCACUAUAGUCACGCAGACCACUUCAUCUCAUUGAAGUGGUCUGAGUGCAGUGUCCCGGUCCUCUAAACCCCACAAUGUAAAACAUUUCAGUUUUUGAGGGUUAAGUCCUCCUCAUACUGACAGCCAUGAGAUGUGCUUCCAUGGCACAGACAGAGUAAAACUUGGUUAUGUGAUGAGGAAGCACAUAGGAAAGCUUUACUCAUUUUGAAUACAUACGCAGCAAUCGACACGCAUGUGCAUUAGAUCCCCAUGAGGAGCAUUGGAUUGGACUUUCAUGAGAGCCUCCUCCGUGAUGUCAGCAGGGGAGGAGAGUUCAGCAGUACAGAGGGAGCCUAUUUGGGGGGAGCCUAUUUAGAGCUAGGGACAGGGAGCUAGAGCGUUAGGUAUAGUGUUAUGUGUGCCUUUAAAAGCAUUGCUCAAUCCUUCAUUCAUUCAUCCAUCCCCGUCCCCUUGGCAUAAUAUACAUUUCUGUAAUUUGUGGCAUAUAUUAUGUCAUUAUGCAGCUGGAAAUGAUAUCAUUAAAUAUAUGAAUACUUUCAUUUUUGUGAUCCAUAUGAACUAUUGUAAUUUGAUUGCCUUAUGCACAUGAGAAAUAUUUCAUAAAAGCAAUCUUUAUGAUUGCUGAAAUGACGUGUGUUAUGUAUUCAGAACUGCGCUCAUUGUUUUUCUGAUUAUUUUUCUUUUCAGAUUAAAUGGGUUUGCUAAUACUAUGCACUGCUAGCUAUUGCUUACCUUUUAUUACUAUGUAAAGUAUCCAUUUCUAUCCAUCGCUGAUACACUUAUAUAGAAAUUCUGCCAUUUAAGUGAAAUCAUCCAUUUCAUGAAUAGUAUUGAAUUCACCUAAAAUGUAAAUCUUUUUAAUCAGUCUGUUGCAUCAAAUGUUUCCCUUUUGUUACCAUGUUGUGAUCUAAUUUCUCACUUUAAGCUAUAUACAGCUGUAUAUACAGUACCUUGAUGAUAUCUACUGAGUCCUCCCUUUGAUCCUUUCCCUGUGGGUACUCAGUACAACAAAAGACUGUUACUGCCCCAGGGUUAUGACUUCAUGCACAGUUGAUAUUUAAAUAUUCUGGUACACAUUGAAAUGAUCUUAAAUAUUGGUCCUAGCAUAGUUUGAAACAUUGAACAGCUGCUAUAAACAACAAUAAAUAAAUAACCAAAACAAAUCUUUCUAAAACCUAAAGUUAAUGUAUAGAAUCUGUGACUGUGUAUAGCUUGGCAUUUAAGAGGUCCUAACCCACAUCAUCAAUUGCCACAGCUAAAAUAUGGUAUAUAUUCAUUAAAGGAACACUAUAGUGUCAAGAAUACGAACAUGUAUAUGGUAUCCACAGUAUUUAUGGAUAAACUUUUUAAAUUAUUUAAUAUUUUGAAAAAUAGUUUAUUAUUUUGACAAUUUAGGGGUAUAUUGAUUUUUUUUAUCUUUAAUGUAUUUUUUAUAUUUUAAUAUUUUGGAAUUUUAAAAGUUUAUAAAAAAAAUGUUACAUUGAGGUUCAACUUAGAAACUAUUAAUAACUCAUUAUUAUUAUUACUUAAUUAUUUAUAUAGCGCCAUCAGAUUCUGUAGCACUGUACAAUGGGUGGACUAACAGACAUGUAAUUGUAACCAGACAACUGGACGUACAGGAACAGAGAGGUGGAGGGCCUUGCUCAAUGAGCUUACAUUCUAGAGGGAGAGGGGUAUAGUGACACAAAGGGUAAAGUAGGGGUACGAAGUAGGUUGUUAGAAAAGUAUUCAUUGAGGGCUUAGUAGGUAAUUUUUGACAUUUGCAGGAGAGGAGUCAUGGGGGAUAAAAACCUGCUAACAGUUUAAUUGAUAUGCUUUCUUGAAGAAGUGAGUUUUCAAUGAUUUUUUGAAUGAGUGGAGACUGGGUGAAAGUCUUACAGAGAAGGGAAGGGAGUUCCACAGAAGAGGUGCAGCCCUGGAGAAAUCUUGGAGGCGAGCAUUAGAGGUGGGAGUACAGGUAGAGGAUAUACGUAGGUCUUUGGCAGAGCGUAGGGGCCUCGAUGGGACAUACUUGUGUAUUAGGGAGGAUAGGUAGGUUGGAGCAGCAUUAUGUAGGGACUUAUCAACCUGUUUUAAAAUAAUAACAUCUGUUACUUCCUGGUGUCCUUAUAAACUGACUAAAUAAUUUCUUACGGAAACUACAGUCUAAAUACAAAAAAUCUGAAUAAAUCAGUAGCCUUGAAUGGUGUAACCAGAAAUUACUAUUUUCUGCAAAGUAGUUUCUAUUGCUUAAAAAAGUAUGUAUUUAUAAGUUGACUAAUUAUCAUGCAGUACUCUAUGAGUAUGGAGUGAGCCAAGUGUCUUAUUGCUAUUUGCACCCCAUGUUUAGGAUAAACGUAAUACUGAUACUGGGAGAUUUAUAAAAGUAUCACAUACACAAGUGAGCCAGAUUUCUAAUUGAGCAAUCAUUUAACCGUUAAAUUAGCAGGAACAUUUCAUUUGUUUUCAUGGUAUUUCCUCCAGUUUAAACUAUGCCCCCAUUGUUAUCAGCAGGGGCGGACUGACCACUCGCGCACAUCGGUCAUGGACAGAGGGCCUGAGACAGCCAGGGGCCCAGCCGCACAGCCAUGCUCCAGCUGGAGAGAUCAGAGAUCUCUCCAACUGGAACGGCAAAUUAAAAAAAAAAUCUCCUCUCAAUAGGUUGUGGGGCCCCUGAUGGAGCACAGAUCUCCAGCAACCUAUUACUCGACACUUUACUGCCCCCCUCCCUCUCUCAAAAUGAGACCUGGCAGCAUUAUCUCCUCUCUGCUAGGGCUCCUUGCUGUCCCAUGCGCACUCUGUGUGAUGGGGAGAGGGUGGCUAGGAAGUGACAUCACUUCCUGUACUCUCCUCCCACACAGAGCCUUCACAGCCAGCAAGGGGAAGGAUCAGCAGCCCGCCACAGGAAGCAGGACAAAGAUAGGAAAUUAAAAGGGGAAUAUUGGAAGAGAUCACAGGGAGCAGGAGAGAGGGAGGAAAAAUAAAGGGGAAGAUUGGGAGGAAAAAAUAAAAAUAAUGAAAGCAUUAGAAAAAUAGUGCCAAAUAUGAGUGCCAUGGGAAUAGGAGAACAAUGUAAGUAAUUGGUCAUGGAAGAGAUGUAGGGAGGAAUCUGAGGGAGAAAAUCAUGGUAAGAGGAUUAUACAGAGAGCAUGAUAAGUGUAUGGACACAGCAAUGGAAAAGAGACAGAUGAUUGAAAAGUAUGGGGAAAGGAAAUAGGGGAUGGUGGAAAGAUAUGGAUUGAGGAUUGCAGGACUAAGGUAUUGUGAAAUAUGUAAUGAUGGGGCUAUACAGAAUAUGGGCCAGUGUUUGUUAGUUUGUCUGUGUGUGAGUGUAUGUAUAGGUCAGAGUGUGUGGGUCAGUGAGUGUGUCAGAAUGACAGUGUGUGGGUCAGUGAAUGUGCCACAAUGACAGUAUGUGGGUCAGUGAUUGUGUCAGAAUGACAGUGUGUCGGUCAGUGGUUGUGUCAGGAUGACAGUAUUCGAGUCAGUGAUUGUAUGAGGCAGUGAUUGUGUCAGAUUGAUGGUGUGUGGGUCAGUGGUUGUGGGAGUCAAGGUGCAUUUUUUUUACAAGCAUUGUUUAUAUAUGCAUAAUGCACUCAAAUUGUAGUGAACAAAUAUCUGAAUCACAGCCUUCUACACACACUACAUACAGACAGCACACACACACACACACACACACACACACACAUUACAUACAGGCAGCACACACACAGUACAUACAGGCAGCACACAACACACACAGCCAGCACACACACUGUGACAAAGACUACACUCAGCAAAUAUGACAAAUUUUGUAAAUUACCCUAAGUAAAUCCAAAUUGUAAAAUUAAAAAAGUUAGAGAAUAUUUAUAGAUCAACUAUUUUUGCCUUUUUUGUCCAUUCAGAUUUAAUUUGUAAAAAAAAUGAAUUUAGUAAAUAGCCCAGUCAGUGUCCAUGGCUCUAGGCAAGGGCCCCCAAUCUUUGUAUUUGAUAUUAGUUCGUUGUCAAGUAGGUUGUCAUGACAGUCCAGUAUAUUGGUCUACUACUUUAGUCCACACCCCUGUAUAUCAGAAAGUAGACAAAAACAAAGAGUGGAAUAGCGCUAAGUCAGAGGAAGGGGAGGCAGCACACCUAAAUGGGUAAGUCUCUCCUAAAAACCCAAUAAGGACAAACAACAAUACAAGACAGUAGACAGCCAUUUUGGACUUUUGGACUUGUUUGCUUUUAUGCAAAUAUGAUUUUAUACCAUUUUAUUGAGCACGUAUUAUCUGUUUUACUUCAGUUGUAUUAUUGAGUAUUAAAUCACCCCUAACCCCUUGGCACACCCUACUGUCUUGUAUUGUUGUACACCCCUGUAUAUGCAGUCACACACAAAUGCUCAAUACACAAAUGCAUUCACACUGACUAUAGAAAAAGCACGUCAUCCAGACAUGCACAGGUCCAUUCACGCAGACUCAAGUACAAGCAUGCAUUGAUAAACAGGUUUUCACACUGUACACAUCCAAAUGAAUACCGUAUUAUAUGAGAGUUUUAGUUAACAUUUAUUUAAUGCACAUAUAUUUAGCCUUCAAAGGGCCUGGGAUCUAAUUUUGCCCGGGGCCCCGAAGGCUUUCAGUCCACUCCUGGUUAUCAGUGAAACUUCCAUUAAUCUCCCCUAAUGCUUUCUCUUUCUCGAGAUACAUAAUAUUCCAUAGAUGACAUCUGCUCACUUUUUUCACCUCUUAGAUGUCCUGAUGUUUGAGACAGAAGAUCUAGUGUUGCGAAAAAAUGAGAAGAACUUCAUUCUAUGCCUGUUGGAAUUGGCUCGCCGAGCUUCUCGUUUUGGCAUGAGUGCUCCCAUGUUAAUACAAAUGGAAGAGCAAAUAGAGGAAGAGAUUCGCGAAGAAAUGGACUUGCCUCCAGUGGAGGUCCCAAUACCUAAACCCCAAAGGCAACCAUGUGACUUUAAAAAUCUAGACCAAAUGGUGAGUGACCUAAGCAACUGACAAUGAAGAGGGGCAAUUUCCAUGUAAUGAGGGAUUAUUUGCAUUAAUGGUAUCUUCAGUCAAACUUGGUCAACUGUACGUACAUGACACAAGUUAUGGCCAGUAGACUCUCCUGUUAAUAAUUACAAUUAAACUUUUUACAGCUCUGUUCAUGGCUGAUUUCUAAAAUUGUCCUAAUAGAAGUUCUUAAAGUUAAGCAUUCACCACAGAAACCAAUACAUCAACUGAAAAUUAAGUUCUGGCUUAAUUAAUGCUCAGAGAAAGCUAGUAGAACAUAGUAUGUAGAGCUGAUGUAGAGAGAAACUUAACCUCAGGGGUUUUAUUCAGGGAGCUCACCACCCUCUUCAUAUAUUUGCAACUGGCUAGCUCAUCCACUUACUGCUGUUGGCAGGAAUGGUUUAUUUCUUUGCAGACGUGAAUAAAUCGGGGUUCACAUGGAUGGCUCGGAUUGUUCUGAAACCCUAUCCAUUUACAUAUUGCUAGAGCCUAAAUGACUAACUCCUCCUUCAUUCUUAUAGCACCCAUCUCUGCCAUGAAACAUGCUACUAUGUAGUCCCAGUAGUCCCAGUAAAACUACCACAUAUAUAAUAUAACAAAAUAUGUUUCUAAAAAUGUUCUAAAAAAAGAAAAAUAAAUUAUGAGCGCUUCAAACUAACUUGAAUUUUUACUGUCUACAAAAGUCAGUUUGUUCUUGAGAACAGCCUUUUAUAGUAUGUUUGAAGUGAGGAUUGCAGAACCUCAAAGGUAAAAUGUUUAAAUGCAUUUUAUUUGUAUGGUGUUUGUAGUGUAUUUAUCAUGCUUUAUCAUUUUAAUAUAGUAAAUAAAUGAGGGUCACCACAAGCCUGGGUUGUCCCAUUAAAUGAAGUCUUCUGAAAAUUGUAAAUCAAAUUAAGUUACCAUAUAGGCUGUUUUAUAUAUCGCUGUGAUGGUUAAUGUAGACUUGCCUUUACUGCAGUUGACAGACCAACAUAAUCUGUUUACUUGGGUGUCACUGCACCACUCAACUUUGUUACUAUUAUAUCUGAAUGAACAUGGGAAGGCUGCCGUCAGCUCUAUGACACAUUUCACUCACAUUCAAUUUCUUGAUGGUUUAAGUCAGAUACAGAUUGCCGUUUCAGUUUGUAUAAAUAUUACAUGUAAUGAAUGUUUCAUCUGCUAGAAAUUGUUUUGCUAUAUCAAGGUAGAUUGACUUGUCAAUCAUAAUUGUGCUACAGAAAAUCAAUUUGAGCGUUUAGAAAUCCAGGUGCCUGGCUCUCUGUUUAUAGUGUAAAUGCUGUAUGGAUGAAGCAUGUGGCUAUCUAAGUUAUUCACUAACUUCGGAAUUGAUGUGAAUUUAAAGAGAAUUUAACAUUUUAGACCAGUAUAGGCAAAUAAAAAAAAAAAACCUUUAGUUCACUUUAUCCAUUGCAUUAAUGUAUUUAUUGUUGGUAUAACAGGUGCAGCACUUGGUGAGUCGGUGCACAUGUCCUGUGCAAUUUUCUAUGAUUAAAGUGUCUGAAGGAAAAUACAAGGUUGGAGAAUCAAAUACCCUCAUUUUUGUUAGGGUGAGUAGUUAUAAAUCUAUACAUUUCUACUGGUGUUAUAUAUAAGCAUAUGUAAGCUUGUUUCUGUUCACAGUAAAUUGCUUGCCACUUAUUUGCUUUACAAGAUGUUGGAGCUGUACAAAUAUUAUUAUUAUGAUCUCUUCCAAGUAAGAAUUUUUGAUAACUUCCUGUGGUUUAGCACACCGUAAAAUGUGAAUAACUGCCUGAAUGUUUUUUUACUGAUUGAGAAUAUGAAAUGCAGCAGCUGUUAGGGGCCAACUCUGGAGCACAUCAUUGGCCAGGGUGCCAGGGUCACUGGUAAAGCAGUAAGUGGUUUUACACUUCCAAUAGAUGAUAAUAGAUUCAGAGGAUCUGCUUUUUGGGGGAAUUUGAUUUAUUAGGAGAAAGUGUAUUGAGCACAAGAGUUACAAUGCAGGACUCUGCAUUGUAAUUAUAUACAGCAAGACUCUCAGUUCUCCAGCUUUAUGAAAUAAAGCAGACAAAGAAAACCUUCCAUGCAAGUUUCAGCAAUAGGUGAACAUUUCAGAACCUAAUAGGUCAAUAAUUAUUUAAUCCAAGAAAAUUUAAAUGGAAAGAAGAGAGAGGAGAAUAGCAGGAAGGGUGUUUCCAAUAAACCAUCUCAUGCUGUAAGGCAGCCUAGGCUCUCCAACAGAGAGAAGUAAGAGCCAAGGUUUAUCUAGAAGCAUCUGAAAGUCAACUGUUCCGGUAGUGGUUAUUUAAUACUGAAUGAAGAGCACAACCACAGAAAUAAAAAAAUACUUUAUUAGUUGGGUCCAAUAUACUAGGUAUCCCAUAUUUCAUGCCAAAAAUACAUUAGCAAUAAUGUCCAAAACAAUGCUCAGUACAAAAAAACAUACAAGGUAUAUAGCAAUCACAUAUAUUUAUAGAAAACAGCAAGAAAAUACAACAAUGCUUGUGCUCCCCAUUCAGUAUUAUUUGUAGAUUGUUUAGGUCCUUGGGGAAAUAGGACCUUUGAGUCAGCACCCGGUUUUGGCAUUUUGCUUCUGUUGAUAUAUCUGUAUGUAAUUUAACUAGUGUGCCUACCUUCUUAAUUAAAUUGCGGUAUAUGUAUCACUAUGACUCGAUGUGCUAAAAAUGAGCUCCUAAGGUUCUCCAUUCUAAAAAACCAAAGCCUCAAAGAUGAUGUAUCAGAUUUAUGCCAUAUUAGGGGAAUUAGGUGCUUGAAAGUGUUUAGUAUUCAAAUGAUCAUACAUUUUUCUGGUGGAUGAGGAAUGAUGCCAACUCGAACGAAGGGGUCAGAUCAGGGAGCCAUUUGAUUAGUUCAAAUAUCUAUUUCCGGAACAAGGUUAUCUGGGGACAGUCCCAUCAUAUGUGGAGAAAAGUGUCAAGAGCAUCCUGGCAUCACCAGCAUCAAUUAUUCUGAGAGGGAACAAACCUGGAUGGGGCCUGUGGGUUUUACACCACAAAGAUAGACUCCAAUUAUUUCGUUGCCAAGGAACAAUGGCGCACUAAAUAAAAAAAUUUUUACACUAGGGGGCCUUGCAGCGGCCAAAAAUCUAUGGGGUUGAGAAAUUGCUAAAGGUUGACAUACAGAUAAGAGAUCCCAUGCUCCAGAGGUUUGGCCUCAAGACGCAGUGCCUCAAAGUCUUGCACAAAAAAGCAAUGACUUGAUUGAAGAAGGUUCAUUUUUUAUCACGCUCACCCUGCCUAGCCAAUACAGUCAAUAUAGGUGGAAAGUUCAAGCAGUUGAGGUCCUCUAUCUCAACUAAAAUCCACACCCCCAGAUAUAUAAUGGCCGUAGUCAACUACUGAAAGGGCAAGCUCAGAUGGACCUGUUCAGCUCUGGGGCCUAAUUUGGACAACUCAUUUGGAAUAAUUAAUUUUAAACGCUGCCAUAAUGUUAAAAAGAAAUACCUCAGGCAUCAUGACAAAAUAAUAAAUCAUCACAUAAACAGCAACUUUAUGAUGAGUUUUUCCUAUCUUAAGACAUACAUAGUGAAAGCUUCUGAUUUCAUUCAGGAAGGCUUCAAGGACAAGGACAAUGAGCAAUGGCAACUGGGGACAACCCCAACAUGUGCCAUUCUGAAUGUGGAAGGGGCAUGUAAAAGCUCCAUUGGCACAAACUUGUAUAAUUCAUAAAUACAUUUGUACACCUUGGAUCCCAGACCCAUGUGCAUCUAUGUAGCAAAGAGAACAUCCCAGUUUACUUGAACGAAGUUGUUCGAGUAUGAUGCAAAAGAGAUAAGGUCAUUAUUGUGUUAUCUCUGGCUUCUCUGCAGGGGAUUAACCCAACUUGGUCUUUGUGAACCAGAUAAAGGAGAAAUUUCUGUUGUCUCAUGGCUAUUAUUUUUGCUAAUAAUUUAGGGUCGCAGCAAUAUGGGUCUAUAGCUGACAAACAACUUAACGUCCUUGUUCUUUUUUGGAGAAUUUGCCCCCCCUCCCCAAAUAGAAUUGAAAGCCUUUACAAAGUGGGGAUAUAAUAUUUGGGCAAAAUGCUUAUAAUAUUGUAAGGGGAGACCAUCCUGUCCAGGACUCUUGCCCACCCUGCUAAGUUUAACUGCGAGAGUCAACUGCUCUCUAAAAUGGGUUCCUGAAGGGUGUCAGCAUCUCCCUCUGCUAGUUGCUGGUGAAUGAGCUUAGAUAAGUGACCCAGGAUCCCCAACAAUAGCUUGGGAGAUGUGAGCGAUUCCAUGCCACAAGGGCAGCCAUAGGGGGCGUAACUGGAACGAAUCUGGAUGAAUUAUCUCCUAUGGCAGCCCUGAAUCAUAGACAGCCCCAUACACCAAUAGAGUGCUAUGGGUGAGUGGGUAAGUAUUACACUUUGCAUCCUAUUUAAAGCUGUCGUUGCUCAGCUGUUCUGUGCUCCAUCCCUGCUAUACCUGUGAUACCUGAUUUUCUGAAGUUUUCCUGAGCUCAGGCCUGUCUUACCGUUGUUGAACCUUUGCUGCCUGACCUCGCUCUUGCCUUGCCCUUGCUAGAUUUGUUUGCUCUGGACUUUUGUUUAUUUUUAUUUUGCUAUGACAAGUCUGCACUUUAGGUUUCAUAUCACCUAACCUGACAGAUCCAGUGGUAAAACCAAAAUCUGGACACCCGACCAAAGCUCCUGAAUUUCAAACAUACCAAAACAUCACAAACAAUUGUAAAAAAAAACAAUUACAUAUAAAGUACAAAUUUAGAGGAGUCAUACCCUAAAAAUUAUCCCUGGAGUCUCCCAAUAAGAGAGCCCCCACUCCCAAAAGCUCAUAACUUGAUGACUGCAGUCCCCCCUAGCAUAUUGAGGAUCUGCUUUCUACGGUGAUAGCUCUUGUCAUGUAUACACUCAAAACUGAAUGCAUUAUUCAGAGGAGACUUCAGAGGCAUGUUUUAUAUCCCAGAAUGACUAGUCCCAUCCAGCAGAACAGGGAAUGGGUGUCAUUAAGGCCCAUGGAUCCCAUGAGGUAGGAACCACACAAAUAUAAGUCAAGACCCCUAAUUUUACCCCAAAAAACUGGGACAACUUAUUGACUCGAGUAUAAGACUAGGGUGGGAAAUGUAGCAGCUACUGGUAAAUUUCUAAAUAAAAUUAGAUCCCCCAAAAAUUGUUUUAAUUGAAUAUUUAUUUACAGUGUGUGUAUAUAAUGAAUGCAGUAUGUGUAGUGUGUUUAUAUAAUGCAGUGUGUGUGUAUGAAUGCAGUGUGUGUGUAUGAAUGCAGUGUGUGUGUGUGUGUGUGUGUAUGAAUACAGUGUGUGUGUAUGAAUACAGUGUGUGUGUGUAUGAAUGCAGUGUGUGUGUGUGUGUGUGUGUAUGAAUGAAUGCAGUGUGUGUAUGAAUGAAUGAAUGCAGUGUGUGUUUGUAUGAAUGAAUGCAGUGUGUGUGUAUGAAUGCAGUGUGUGUAUAUGAUGUUGGGGGUGGGCAUUUUAUUAUUUUUUUGAAAUUAUUAUUAUUUUUUAUAUAUAUAUAUUAUUAAUAUUUUUAUUUUUAUUUGAUUUUUGUUUUGUAUUUUAAUAUUAUUUAAAUUUGUAUUUGUAUUUUUUUUGUCCCCCCUCCCUGCUUGUUAGCUGGCCAGGGAGGGGGGCUCUCGUUCCCUGGUGGUCCAGUGGAUGGGCUGUGUAGGAGGGGGCUGGCAGGAAGCUGUAACUUACCUUUCCUGCAGCGCCUGUCAGCUCCCUUUUCUCUCCUGCGUUCCGGUCAGCUCCCCGGUCAGCUCCAGUGUAAGUCAGACCGCAAGACUUACAGUGGAGCUGACAGGGGAGCUGACCGGAACGCAGGAGAGAGAAGGGAGCUGACAGGAGCUGCAGGAAAGGUAAGUUACAGCUCUCUGCCAGCCCCCAACAUGACCGCCGGGCUUGUAAUGAGCCCGGCGGUCCUGGUCUGUAUCAUGGCAAUGUAAGUUGCCAUAAUACAGACAUUGACUCGAGUACAAGUCGAGUGGGGGUUUUUCAGCACAAAAAAUGUGCUGAAAAACUCGACUUAUGCUUGAGUAUAUACGGUAUAUCUAAACUAAUCUUUAAAAUGACGUAGAUCAUCACCUGACAUAGGCAAGACAACAUUCAUGUUAGCUUAAAGGACCACUAUAGUGCCAGGAAAACAUACUCGUUUUCCUGGCACUAUAGUGACCUGAGGGUGCCCCCACCCUCAGGGACCCCCUCCAGCCGGGCUCUGGGGAGAGGAAAGGGGUUAAAACGUACCUUUUUCCAGCGCUGGGCGGGGAGCUCUCCUCCUCCGAUCCUCCUCUGUUCCUCCCAUUCGGCUGAAUGCGCACGCGCGGCAAAAGCUGCGCGCGCAUUCAGCCGGUCUCAUAGGAAAGCAUUUACAAUGAUUUUCACAGUGAGAAUCACGCAAGCGCCUCUAGCGGCUGUCAAUGAGACAGCCACUAGAGGAAUUGGAGGAAGGAUUAACCCAUUUAUAAACAUAGCAGUUUCUCUGAAACUGCUAUGUUUAUAAAAAAAAUGGGUUAACCCUAGCUGGAAAAACAACCAACAAUAUUGUACCUUAUACACCUUAAUAUAUAUGCAAAAGAUACUUAUCAAACGAGGAUGAAUACAGCCUCCCUCAGAUCGCUUCCCAGCUAGCGAUCAACUUGACAGCAAAAUGUAGAAAAAACAACGAGGGAACCGGCUGAUAAUCUCUACAAAAGUGAAUAGAGAAAAUAUAGUGUAAUACAGUUUACAGUAUAGACAUUGCGCAAAUUGAAAUGCACUCACUGGAUUUUGGACAAAUUGAAGCUUGUAAGGUGCCUUCCCCGAUAGUAGGGGGGGCUAGGGAAAUCCCCUGGAUAUUUUCACUCCAACACAGGACUCAGGGUGAAGUUUGAAAAAUUGGCUUUAAUUCAAUAUUAAAAUAAGUUUAAAAAAGAAUAAAAUAAAUAUAAAUAAGGUCCUACGCGUUUCGUCCCUUUAACAAAAUAGGGACUUCCUCAGGGACCACAAUAUUAAGAAACAAUUCGAUACAGUACAAUCAAAAAACAGGCUGUUUUUUGAUUGUACUGUAUCGAAUUGUUUCUUAAUAUUGUGGUCCCUGAGGAAGUCCCUAUUUUGUUAAAGGGACGAAACGCGUAGGACCUUAUUUAUAUUUAUUUUAUUCUUUUUUAAACUUAUUUUAAUAUUGAAUUAAAGCCAAUUUUUCAAACUUCACCCGGAGUCCUGUGUUGGAGUGAAAAUAUCCAGGGGAUUUCCCUAGCCCCCCCUACUAUCGGGGAAGGCACCUUACAAGCUUCAAUUUGUCCAAAAUCCAGUGAGUGCAUUUCAAUUUGCGCAAUGUCUAUACUGUAAACUGUAUUACACUAUAUUUUCUCUAUUCACUUUUGUAGAGAUUAUCAGCCGGUUCCCUCGUUGUUUUUUCUACAUUUAACCCUAGCUGGACCUGGCACCCAGACCACUGGCUGAAGUGGUCUGGGUGCCUAGAGUGGUCCUUUAAUGGAAACAGUCAUGCUGUGACUUAUUUAGGUGCUUAUAUUAGUUCCUUACUCAGAAUGGAAUUUUGGAAGUGUCAGCAUUUUCUUAAAAACCUCAAGUCCAUCAAACUAUGUCUAGAAACUCAAAAACUCAAACUCACACUUACACUAUAAAUUUAUGUGUGAGAUAUUUCAACACUGAAUAAGGUCAAUUUUUUUUUUUUUUUACAUAACUUUAUUGUGAACACACACACACACACACACACACACAUAUAUGUAUAUAUAUAUAUAUAUAUAUAUAUAUAUACACAUACACAUACACAUACAUAUACACACACAUAUACAUUUACACACUGCAAAUAAUGUUACAACUCCUGCCAUCUAGUGACAAUUAUUGAUACUGCAAUUAUUUGUAAUUUAUGCUGUUCUAAAUCUGUCCUUUCCAGAGGUACAAUCAUUUUAGUAAACUAUGCAAACGCAGUGUACCCAAAGGCUGUGGCAUACAUAUAGGAAGGUAUAGAAUUGAAACUGGGUACAGAGGCACACAUUUCCAGGAUACUCUUCAAUUCUGUUUCUGGUGGUCCAGAGGAGCAAACAGAAAACCUGGCAUACAAUGAGCCCUUGCACACCUAGGCAUAAUAUGCUCAAAUAGAUUAUUGUAACUGUAGUUUUCUUAUUGUUUUACAGCAAGAAGCCAGAGAUCUUUGCUCCCAUACAUACAUAUCUGUAUAAUGCUAUUUGUACUGUAUGGGACCUUGAGAUAUGGAGCAUCUGGUCAAGGCAAUUUAUAUUUUAGUACUUUUAAUAUUAUAGGCCCUGUUGUGUCCAAGGAAGCAGUAUAGUGAAGCAAUGUGCCAGCCGAGGGGCAUCAAUCUCUUGUUUCUUCCACUAGACUAUCAUUGAUAAACCCCUGCUUCCCAAAUAUACAACAUCAGGAACAGUAAGCGAAAGUAGGAGGGAUUAUGGCUUAUCUGUUUUUUGUGUAGAAGAUUAUAAAGCUGAAGGUAGUACUGUGCUGAAUGGUUAGUGGAAAAACAUAGAAACAUUAAAUGGGACGGCAGAUAAGAACCAUUUGGCCCAUCUAGUCUGCCCAAUUUUCUAAAUACUUUCAUUAGUCCCUGGCCUUAUCUUAUAGUUAGGAUAGCCUUAUGCCUAUCCCACACAUGCUUAAACUCCUUUACUGUGUUAACCUCUACCACUUCAGCUGGAAGGCUAUUCCAUGCAUCCACUACUCUCUCAGUAUAUAUACUUCCUGAUAUUAUUUUUAAACCUUUGCCCCCUCUAAUUUAAGACUGUCAUCUUGUUGUGGUAGUUUUUCUUCUUUUCAAUAUAUUCUCCUCCUUUACUGUGUUGAUUCCCUUUAUGUAUUUAAAUAUUUCUAUCAAAUCCCCCAAGUCUCGUCUUUACUCCAAGCUAUACAUGUUAAGAUCCUUUAACCUUUCUUGGUAAGUUUUAUCCUGCAAUCCAAGAACCAGUUUAGUAGCCCUUCUCUGAACUCUCUCUAAAGUAUCAAUAUCCUUCUGGAGAUACGGUCUCCAGUACUGCAUACAAUACUCCAAGUGAGGUCUCACCAGUGUUCUGUACAAUGGCAUGAGGACUUCUCUCUUUCUACUGCUAAUACCUCUCCGUAUACAUAUAGGAAGGUAUAGAAUUGAAACUGGGUACAGAGGCACACAUUUCCAGGAUACUCUUCAAUUCUGUUUCUGGUGGUCCAGAGGAGCAAACAGAAAACCUGGCAUACAAUGAGCCCUUGCACACCUAGGCAUAAUAUGCUCAAAUAGAUUAUUGUAACUGUAGUUUUCUUAUUGUUUUACAGCAAGAAGCCAGAGAUCUUUGCUCCCAUACAUACAUAUCUGUAUAAUGCUAUUUGUACUGUAUGGGACCUUGAGAUAUGGAGCAUCUGGUCAAGGCAAUUUAUAUUUUAGUACUUUUAAUAUUAUAGGCCCUGUUGUGUCCAAGGAAGCAGUAUAGUGAAGCAAUGUGCCAGCCGAGGGGCAUCAAUCUCUUGUUUCUUCCACUAGACUAUCAUUGAUAAACCCCUGCUUCCCAAAUAUACAACAUCAGGAACAGUAAGCGAAAGUAGGAGGGAUUAUGGCUUAUCUGUUUUUUGUGUAGAAGAUUAUAAAGCUGAAGGUAGUACUGUGCUGAAUGGUUAGUGGAAAAACAUAGAAACAUUAAAUGGGACGGCAGAUAAGAACCAUUUGGCCCAUCUAGUCUGCCCAAUUUUCUAAAUACUUUCAUUAGUCCCUGGCCUUAUCUUAUAGUUAGGAUAGCCUUAUGCCUAUCCCACACAUGCUUAAACUCCUUUACUGUGUUAACCUCUACCACUUCAGCUGGAAGGCUAUUCCAUGCAUCCACUACUCUCUCAGUAUAUAUACUUCCUGAUAUUAUUUUUAAACCUUUGCCCCCUCUAAUUUAAGACUGUCAUCUUGUUGUGGUAGUUUUUCUUCUUUUCAAUAUAUUCUCCUCCUUUACUGUGUUGAUUCCCUUUAUGUAUUUAAAUAUUUCUAUCAAAUCCCCCAAGUCUCGUCUUUACUCCAAGCUAUACAUGUUAAGAUCCUUUAACCUUUCUUGGUAAGUUUUAUCCUGCAAUCCAAGAACCAGUUUAGUAGCCCUUCUCUGAACUCUCUCUAAAGUAUCAAUAUCCUUCUGGAGAUACGGUCUCCAGUACUGCAUACAAUACUCCAAGUGAGGUCUCACCAGUGUUCUGUACAAUGGCAUGAGGACUUCUCUCUUUCUACUGCUAAUACCUCUCCCUAUACAACCAAGCAUUCUGCUAGCGUUUCCUGCUGCUCUUUUACAUUGUCUGCCUACCUUUAAGUCAUCUGAAAUAAUUACCCCUAAAUCUCUUUCCUCAGAUGUUGAGGUUAGGACUCUAUCAAAUAUUCUGUACUCUACCCUUGGGUUUUUACAUCCAAAAUGCAUUAUCUUGCACUUAGCCACAUUAAGUGUUAGCUGCCACAACUCUGACCAUUUUUCUAGUUUACCUAAAUCAUUUCCAUUAGGCCUAUCCCUCCUGGAACAUCAACCCUGUUACAUAUCUUAGUAUCAUCAGCAAAAAGACAUACCUCACUAUCAAGACCUUCUGCAAUGUCACUAAUAAAAAUAUUAAAGAAAAUGGGUCCAAGUACAGAUCCCUGAGGUACCCCACUGGUGACAAGAUAAUGCUUCGAAUAUACUCCAUUGACUACAACCCUCUGUUGCCUGUCGCUCAGCCACUGCCUUACCCAUUCAACAAUAUUGGAAUCCAAACUUUAAUAUUGCAGUUUAUUGAUAAGUCUGUACAGAAAGCCGAGUGAUAUAAGAGUGAGGUUUAAAAUGGGAAUACAAAAAAAUAUUGAUAUAAGUUCAAAUGUUUAUGAAAAAGCCUGCAGAUUAAAAAGAAAAUACUUAAAUGGUCAGUCUAAUGAAUAUCACUGUAUCAAGUUUUUGUAAUGUUGCUUAGUAAUCUCCUGAGCCCAGUCUUAUGUUUGAAAGUGACUAAUAAUGGCAGCAAUAAAAAAAAAAUAAAAACAUUUCAAAAAGCUUGCGUUACUAGACAAGCUGCCAUGGCUGUCACUCUGGCAGCUUGGAACUUUGUGAAAGCCCUCUCCUCUGUGGCCUGAACUGUGGACUUUGAAUGCACGUUCUGCAGCUUUUCUGUGCAAAAAAAUGAACCAGACUGUGCAUAGAUUCAUAGCAGCUAUCAUAUGACCACUGUCAGUUUAUUAAACCGUUCAAUCAUCCUAAGUGAUGAUUGGAACUGGCCUUUGGGGAUGAACCCAUUUAUCCCAUAAACCCCUGCCAACAGGUGAUUAUGAUAUAUAAUUAGUCCUCAUGGACCAGAAUUAAAGGCUCCUGAUGUUUAGGGUGUUGGUAGGGGCCUACAAGCGAUUCCACUAAGCAGUGUGCCGAGGGACACUUUAAAAAGGUAUGUAACAUUUUACAUGUUAAAUUUAUUAAAUAUUAUGGCAAUACGUUUUAUUGCAUUAUCUAUAUAAUGCAUAACAAAUAUAUGGCCAAGUUUAAAAGGUAACCUAUAGCCACAAAAAUAAUGCCCCCUCCCCCCCAUUGCUAUUAAAAAAAUACAAAUUAACGAUUACUUACCUUGUUUCCAAUGCAGGAUCUCCUCUGUUUCAGCCACCCGCUCUGCCUUCGAAGAUAUCAGCAUGCCUGCUGACUUAUUCCACGAUCUUCUCCAAUUCAGUGCUUUCCAUGGAGAAGCAGUGGAUUGGAAAAACACCUGCACAGCCAUAUUCCCGCACUCCAUGGCCAUGUAUCACUCAGUUCUGGAGGAGGAAGCACCUCUAGUGACGACCAGGAAGACAACCACUAGGUUGUUUUUAACACUGCAAUGUAAACAUUGCAAUUUCUACAAAACAGCAAUGUUUUACAUUGUAGGGAUAAUAUGACAGAACCAAUGCACCCAGAUACCUUAGCGGUCUUUUAAGUAAAAUACUAGAAAACUAUGGAUUUGUUGGUUUUUUUUUAUUGAAAAAGAGCAACAUUUAUAAAUAUAACAAACCUAGCAUAGUCAUAUAAAUAUAUAUCAUUAUAUAGGUAGACGGCAAAGGUAAAAUAAUACUUCACCAGCUUACUGUAUUCUAUACUUGCCCUCCAUAUUCUAUACAUAAUGUUUUUUUCAUAACCAUAUCAAAGUCUGGCACCAUUCCUUUCCAUCUCUGUGCCAAAUAAAAACGUGAAGCCGUGCAUAUCUUGUGGCACACGCUCAGACUAGAUCUGGUUAGGAUGAAACUUAAGGGGAAGCCAUUCAAUAUGGUCAGUUAAAGAAGAAUUUAAAAGUUAUACUGCAGAGUUAGUCAGGGUUAUUCAGUGGGAGUUGUCAGGAAUUGAUGAGGGAAUUAAAAAUGUUUAAAAAAAGGCUAAAAUAAAACCCAAACAAACUAUACCAACCAUUUUUCCAGUCUAGCUAUUUUGGCUUAUAUUUCGCAAUUCUCAGGACACUUUCUGACAACGCCCAGUUUAAUGAAAAACUCUGACUGUCUUGGAUUUAGUAUGUAUCCUAAUCAUCAUUAGAACUUUAUUAAUCAUCAAAUAUUUCUUUUUAAAAUUUUUUUUUUUUUUUUUUAGAUUCUUCGUAAUCAUGUGAUGGUUCGUGUAGGAGGAGGCUGGGAUACUCUAGAACAUUAUCUGGACAAGCACGAUCCCUGUCGUUGCACAUCUCUUUGUAUGUAAAUCUUAUAUUAUAUGUAUGUGAUAUCAUUAACUGUUUGUUACUCAAGGUUGUAAUGGAAUUAAUGACUAUAGUGUAUGUGUGUUUUAUUUCUGGUAUCAGUAAAAUCAAUGAGCAGUCAUUAAAGUGUGUGUAGAGUUUGCAAAUGCAACAUGCCAGAAUCCCUCACAGCUUUGAGUGUUCUGGUAAUCAGAAUGUAUUUGGUGGCUAUUAUUGACUAUUGAGCUCAAGACUGAAUCCUUGCCUGAUCCUAUAAUCUCCAUCAAUCAAAAGUAUGUUUUAAUUUACCCAUUCAUUAAAAUAAAAAUGAAAAAUACCUUUACUGCUGCAUUAACUCCCUGAGGUAUAUAGUAUUAUCAAUUAACCGUAUGCUUUAUUUGAAAGUAACAUUCCAAGCACCAUAAUCACUACAGUGCACUGUAGUGGUUAUGGUGCCAUGAGUGCCCUGGUUAUAGGUAACUGGGGGGAAUGAGGGGAUGAAUCCUCAACCACCCGAAAUCUGGUAUAACUUUUAAGAUGACCUGUUUCACUGCUUAAGAAAGAUACAAAAAACAAAACGUUUAAAGAGUUGCUUAUCCUAUUCUACUAAUAGACUCCCUAGUGACAAUAAAUAAUUUUUCCUCUAAAAAAACUCAUUGGUUUAAUUUAUUCUCCCUAAGUGAGGCUGGCAUUAUUAGGAGUGUCUGUCACCCUCAGAUUUUCUUUGGUCCCUAUGCUCAAGCCUGGUUCCUUGUAUUAUAAGAAUAGUUUCCCUUCUUAACUAGGGUCCAUCAGUACUGCUCCCUGUGUCCUACUUUCACCUUACCCUUCCUUCACAUAAUGUAUGGUAAAGGCAUGAAAGAAAAUUGUCCCUGGGCCUUCUAUUUACCAAGGGAGGGGCAGAUGAAUACUACCCCUUAAUACUCUCAUCGUAUCUACUAGCCUACGUGUUUACUUAUACUAUGCUGUAGAAAGAAGAGUUAGUUAAAUAACUGUAAUUAUGUAUGCACGUAGUGGGCCUUAAACCAACCAUGAACCCCCCAAAUAGCGACAGACACUAAACUUUUGGAUAUAACAGGCCACAGCAUUUAUUAAAAGCAUACAAAUACUGUAUAACGCAUCCAAUUCGUAUAGACUGUACAUAUAAAUAACUAAAAUGAUCAUAACUUAUAAAUAACAGUGCAUAAUGUCAUACAGUGUAAUCAAAAAACACUUGCCAAUCUAACUCACCCCUUCCUAAAGGCUCUCACCUCCCCCUCGUUAUAAUAAAUUCCUCUCCCCCCUUCCUCUCCGCCGGCUUUUAGCUUGGUGGGGACACGACCAUAAUGCUCCCCACCAGCCGGCUUUUAUCUUGGUGGGGACAUGUCAAACCUGGUACUCAUUACGGUUUACCAUAAGAGACAGAGGAAGUUGAGACCCGCCCAUUAUCCCCUUACUCAUCUACCUGCAACCAUCUCCCCCUCUAUUUGGCAAGAACAUGCCCCCCCCCUAUCUAUGACAACACCCUAGGGUGGGCGGGAAACUGUUGCUGGUGCGGAUCCUAAGUGGCACUGAGGUCAGCUUAAUUUGUCACCACCCACUUUCUCACAUCCGACACUCCCACACAUAUCAAACAGCCAAUUAUGUUUCAUCCAUUCCCACACUCAUACAUGUGCCCGCUAAGUUGCGCACUCUCUCUUGGACCUGCACCCAAAGUCAGUCGAGCAGGUGGAGCAUGAGCAAUAUGGCUCACCGAUUCCCACACAACCUUAGAGUAAUAGAACUAAGGAUAUAUGGCUUCCCAUAUUCCUGCCCCCAUCCAUGUCUACUAAAGAGGAAGUGAGCCCCAUGGCACAUAUAGCCAGUGGUAGCCCCUUCCCUAUAGGUAGUAUUGACUCACUAAUGAUUCCCUGGAGUAGCAGCUCAUUUACUCCAUCUCUCCCAGUAUCCCAGUGGUAGACCAAUCUUCCUCCAGUCCAAUACCUAUAGCCUGUAGUUGUCCAAAUCUCCAUCCAAUCUCAUCCUGUAAUCAUUAGUAAACCAUUCUCCACAAAUCCCCCCAUCCACAUAAAUGAAAAUGUGUAAGCAAGUAGCAUGGCUUGUAUACAACUCAAAGAAUUCUUUUGGAUAUAUAUAUCUGUUAUGAAUGUUGUUGAUAUAUACAGAUGUAUAUUUCACUUAAAUUGCUUCCUCUUGACAAAGGUUUUGGAUUUUUUAUAUCCCUUAUUUAGCAUAAGCAAAGUAUCUGGCAUGAGGCUAAAAACUAAACUUUGAUUUAUUGAUCCCUUCUAUUAAUAAUUGUUGUGAUGAUAUCACAGCCAGGAUUUAAUCUUGGUGCUAAUAUACAGAAGAAGAAUAUUUUGAUCAAAAUGAAAAAAUCUUUUACAGUAAAUUAAUUUACCAGACCAAACAACACUCUGAAUAAGGAAACCCACAACGUUAAUAAAAAUUGUCUGUUAUAAAAUGUAGGAUCUGAUAAAUUGAGUAGUCCAAACACUGUAUAACUUGCAGUCCCAGUAUAUUACAAAAUACAGAAAGCAUGUAAUUAAAGGGACACUUCAUCUCAUUGAAGUGGUUUGGGUGCAGUGUCUCUUUUGCACUUAGUGCUGCAAGGUUAAACAUUGCAGUUCCAGAGAAAUGUUUACAUUGCAGCACUAAGUCUGCCUCCAGUGGCUGUCUACCUGGAUUAAAAUUGACCUUUUUCCCCAUAGUAAAGCAUUGAUUCAAUGCUUUCCUAUGGGGAGUUCUAAUGUGCCUGCGGUACGUUGGAGUGUCAGUGCUGGGAUCAGGUAAGUAAAUAAAGGAUUUUUUACCCUUUAUUUACACUGAUGGGGGCUGUGAGGAAGGGGGGAGGCUUUGUAUUUCUGGCACUUAUAGUAUCCCUUUAACUAAUUAAAUUGAUAAUUGAAAGAUGCUGGAGAGCAGAUGUAUUUAUUUUUAAUAUUGAUGGCCAUGGCUUCUGACAGAAUUACAGAAUUUCCUUACCAAAGUUUAAAAAGGAGCUAUCAGAAGAUCCCACUAAGGCCUGAAUGGUAAAAGGAAGUAUUAAGAUGCACUGGGAUAUGAAAGAGACAGUAUAGGCUUGUUAGCAUCAGUCACCUCAAGUGACUCUUUGUAUGUCCACAAUUCUAGUGUUUCAUUCCUCAGUCAGUUGGAAGGCUGCCAGCUUUUCGAAGGGGCCUUUCUACUUGGUAUAGUAUGAGAAACAAUCACAUCUUGUCAUGGUCGGCUGGUUCCUUAUUGCUAUGUCAUUUGUCCCUGGUGCUUGUGACAUUCUGUUUGUUACAUUCUAUUCAUCGCUCCCUAAGUUGUGAAACGUCCUUCUCCCUAUUUUAGUUUUUCACAUCCGUUCGGCUUGUUUUGGAUAUGAUCUUCAGAAACCUUCUAAAUAUGAAGUUUUUCAAUUAAUGUCCUAUGCAUAUUUUAGAAUUUAUUAAUUCCCAAAAUAGUACUCACUAGGGUAUGAUAUGAUGGAUUUGAUGGAAUACCUCUUUAGAAUUUGAAAAGACAGUUGUAUAAUUAAAAUAAGCAGAGUACAAAUAUUCCAAAAUUUUUAUCUUUCAGUAACAUAAAGGGGGUUAGUCAUUGAAUAAGGAAUUGUGAAAAAUUUGAAAACCAAAUGUGGAAAUUUGAAGUCCAAAUUAGAUUAGAUCGACCUACUAGAUGACGUUAGAUAUCGCCGAUUAAAUGAGUUCAAUCUAAAAGUCUGUUAAAUUUGUGAUAUUUGUUUUAUUACAACCUGCAAGCUGACCUAGAUGUGGAACUGGUUAAUACAAUUAUUUUCCCAGCAUGUUUUUUUCUGAUAAAUCUGAAUGCAAUUAGCAAGGAUUGAUUGGUUCUCUUACACACUGGUUCUUUCUAACAUCAAUAAUAAAAUAAAAAAAAUUAAAAAAAUCCCCAAUAACACAAGAUGAGUCCUGGUUUAUGACUUGCCCUCUACCCUUACUACAUGUGCAUAAGGAAUCGAGGGGAACCAUACCAGGCAGGGGCUCAUGUAGUUAUCCCCUACAGCAAGAAUGUCAAACUCAAAGGCUAGCACGGGCCACCUAAACAAGGUUUAAGUUUAUGUUGGCCGCAAAUAAAACAAAAUCUUAAAUUUUCAUAGAAAUGUAGGUUUGUUUUGAAAAGUACAGAAUAAAAAAAAACAGCAUCCCCCUCUACUAAAAAUCCAGCCUCUCCCCGUUCUAAAUCCCAGCCCCCCUCUCUGUACUAAACCCCAGCCCUUGUUUUAAAAAAACAAAAAACAAUAUUAGCCAACAAGCAGACUCCACUCACAUUGCCGCUGCUGGUAUGCAACUCCGGAGUCCAGCCUCUGGUAUAUUCCCAAUAGCGCCAUCCACAUCCUGUGCCAAACGAAUCCUCCUGCUACUCCUUGAAAACCUGUGAAGGUGGAGCACGUUGACGGCAUGUCAGAAUGUGAUGUGGCGUUGCGUGCCUCCGUGCACCUCCAGGUCCUCCACUGUCCAGCCGCGGAGUCUUCCUCCUCCCUCACGUGUGUAGCGUGUAGUUUAGUGAUGCCGGCACCUGUGAGUGAGGAGCAGGUAAACUGAGCUCCCUCGCUGCCGCCAUGGACCUCUCCUCUUUGGCCGGGUAAUUUUGGCAGAGUAGGUACCUGCAAUGUGGGGCGAGCAGGUGCCUGCUGUGCCUUAGUAAACAUGGCAAACUCGGCAUUCGCCAGGCCGCAAAUAUAUUCAUUGUGGACCGCGAGUUUGACAUGCUUGCCCUACAGGUAUCUAAUCCCAGUGUGCUGUCAGGUUGAGUGUAAAAAAUAAAUAGGCAACACACAUCAGUUAUGUUUUCAGUUCAGCUAAUCUAGCCUAAAAUUUUAAAUCCACUUUAAAUUCCCCCAAAUUUGCUAAUUAGUGAAUAACCUUGAUUUGUCAACACUUUAACAGUAUAGUACAAAUGAGGGAGUACAUAGGUGACACUUCAACAUAAUUAGGCUUAGGCUUGUAGCGCCUUCUUCCCCUUUUCCCUUCCUUUCCUUUCCUUUUCUAGCAUACUAAUAUUGAGCAUUUCAUCAUAGCUUAGGUUAAAGAAAGGGAUAUGCAAUUAAACAUAUUAUAAAAGAAGUAGAGAACCCUUUAAUGUAGUAGUAGAAGUAGAGAACCCUUUAAGGUAACAAUUAUAGCAUUUUAAUAGCUAUGUUUUAGAGGUCCUUCUAUUAAACCUUCUCCAAACUGCUUUUUAUUGAAACAUUGUCUUGGAAUGCACACUAGACUACAAAAUCAAGAGACAGAUUUCAGCAAAAAUAAGUUUUGUAAAGAUGUUAUAAUAUUUCCAGUUUUAACAUAAAACGCUCAUGGUUAUUUGCUAAAGCAGAAGUUGUCAGGAAAUGACCAACAAUAGCCAAACUAAAGAAAUGAUCAAUUCUCAGCUAUUUUUACCUAUAAUUUGCUAUUUCUUGGCCAGCUCUCAUUUAGUGAAUGACCACGAGUGUUUUUGAUACGUUUUCAGAGCUAUUGCCCAUUCACAUGUAAUUUAUAAUGUUUUUCUCUUAACAGCCCACAAACAAGCUUUGAAAAUGGGGGGUUCCCAAAGACAAAGCACUCCUAUCCAUGAGAUCAAAACCCAUCUAUCACCAAGACAAGACAAUCCAAACAAAUUGCAGACAACUUUGAUUGUCAGAAGAUCCCAAAGUCCAUUGCCACCAGUUGAUUGGAGGACCUAUACAUCUGGAACCAGGCUUUCAUCCUCAAGCUCCGUAGAAAGACAAGAUAAAACAGCAGGACUGAAAACUCUGUAUGGGCAGUCUGAUCAAAGGAAGAGUAUCUCAACCAGGUAGAACAAAGCUCAGAAAAGUCCAGUGAAAUCUAUUGCUUUUAUUGGAGAUGAAACUCCUAUAAAAAUAGAACAACUGUUAGAAAUACAAUUACAUAUUUCUAACAGUUUACUACUAACUAUAUAGAUGCGAUCCUCCCAAAAGUAUAAAAAUAAAGAAGUUGUACUUGCCUUCAUUCUUGCCACCAAAUAAAGUGGCAGGAAUGUUGGCCUCUCGGUGACAAGUAACCUGGGGAGAUUGGAGCUAUGAGUUGGCCGAAUACCUUUGUGUGAGGAUGGGAGUUGGCCUUGUAGGACAGAAUUACAAUUAUACUAUAAUAUCGAGUGCACCAAUAACCUUUCCCUAUCAGUUGAUCUAUUUCUAGGGAAUGUAGAGGAAUACAAAUGUAAUGAAUUGAUAGUUGGAACGAAUAUAUGUUGCCAACUAGUGUGAGGUUGAGCUUGAGAAAGGAAUAUCUUGGAGAGGAACCUAAAGACACAAUUGGAAUGCAAAUCAGAAUAUAUCUAGGAUGAUGUAAGUGCUAAAUGAGAAUAGGAUAUCACAUGCCUGUAAUGUGAUUAAGGCUUCAAAUGUUAACAACAGGCUGAAAAGUAAGGGUAAUAGAAACCUAGAUAGUAAGGGAACCUACAAAUAUGAGAACGAACCUAGGCCAAUGAAUGUGGAUAGGAAACUAACUAAUGCAUCUAAAUAUGAGUUCCCUUCCAAGGCAAGGUUGUUUGACAUAGUGCAACCAAGUGGUGUACUUUGAAUGUAGUAUGAUAAGGCAAUAAAUAACCCCCGAGCAGCGGGAAGGCUAACCCAUAAAGUACCCAGAUGAUGGAUCCAAAAUUAGCACAUGGGAGUAAGCCCACUAAGAGACAUAUGAAGGGUAUGUAGUGAAGGCCUAACUAUUUACUGGAGCCUUGUGUCUAGGUAUUGGAGGUAUUGGAGUCAAUGCCAUGAGAGCCCAACAGCGAUACUUGAGUAACAGUUCAGCAGCAUGAGGGCAGUAUAAGAAAUGAAAUAGCAUGUGUACGAAUUGAUUGGACAUGAAGUGACUAAUGGUUGUUGAGUAGAGGGGUAGUUGCAACAAACGUAUUACCCUGUAAGAAGGAUGAUAUGUGAAACUAAAGAGACACUAUAGGCUUCCAGACCACUUCAGCUCAUUGAAGUGGUCUGAGUGCACUGUCCCAAGUCUCUUAACCCUGCAAAACUAAUUAUUGCAGUUUUUUUUUUUUAAAACUGCAAUAAUUAUAUUGGUGGGUUAACUCCACCUCUAGUGGCUGUCUACCAGACAGCCACUAAAUGGACUUCUGAGUCAUUAGGUGACUUUUGGUCGCCUAACAGUUGCUUGAUGUCCUCACACUAUGCAUGAGGACUUCCAGCGUCACCCGAAACCAAUGCUUUCCUAUGAGGAACUUCUAAUGCGAACGUGGCCAUUGCUGUGUAUGCGCAUUAGGUCUCCCCCGAUGGCGGGGGAGGAGCGAAGGAGAACCCGAGCCAGCGCAAAGGGACAUCGGCGCUUGACUGAGGUAAGUGACAUAAGGUUGUUUUUUUUAACCCCUUCUGCACCAUGGUAGGGAGGCAGAGGAAGGGGGAAGCUAUAAUGCCAGGAACACAACUUUAAUACCCAACUGAUGGGUCAAAUAGUAGGUAGUGGCCAAGUAAGGCUGAGAGAGACUAAACAGUGAGGGAGGAGGGGGCUCGGGGGUGAUAAGUAUGCCGCCGACUGGUUAACGGAAACUGGGUUUGUGAAGUAGUAGUAAGAAAUGAGAAACAAGAGUUUAUAAGACAGCAGAGUUUCAUACAGCAUUACUAAUUCUUAUGAUUGUUAGUAUUUGAACAGAAAGGAAAUUUGUACAAUACCUUAGGACAAUAUAAAACAUACCUGCUGUGACAAAUGACCAAAAGGCAGUAAAACAGAACUCAAUAACGGGAUCAGAGGCCAAGACCUUUAGAAUGCAACAGUGUCAGUACAGGCUAGAGACCAUCAAGGCCUACAAACUUUACUUAGAAGGAGACAGAUUUUUUUGGACAUUCCUCUUCAUACAUUCAGCAAGUCUGUGCUGCAGAGCAGCAUCAAAAAAUGAAUGGUGAAGUAAAUUGGUGGACCUGCUUUGUGCACAUGACCAACUAGACCCGUGUGAGGCCGUAAGGGCAGGGUAGUGGAAUAAGGAUAAAAAAACAACAUAUUAGAGAGACAUGUAGUGCUACUAUUCCCAUGUAUACCCCCUAAACCAGUGAACAGAGUUAGAUGACAUUCUACACCAGGACAAAUAAUACCAUACAUACCCAUGCCCUAAUUUACAGAAAAUAACUUUUUACUGAAGCCAAGGCCAAAACUUCUAGCAGACAGUGACAAUACAUUAGUUCAUGACAGUAGUAGAAUAAGAAAUAUGCAUGUGUAAAAAAGGGCCUGAAUGCAACGUUUAAAAUUAUAAUGAAAACAGGGAAUAAUUUAGUGACAUAACAAGUAAGUUGUGAAUAGGUUGAUUUAAAUUUAGAACAUUGUAAUUUACAUUCCUGUAUAGGCCAAAUGUGAGAGCAGCAGGAGGCCAAAUGUGAGAACUGUUAGUUACAUAGCCUCUAAAUAAGUAGAUUUCACAGCAACACGAGUACAAAAUAUAGCUGAAAUGACUGAAUGAGUAUGAGUAGUGCAACCAUAAAAGUGUGAAUUUGGUUGAAUGAGGCCUGUGACCCGAUUGACCAGGGAGUGUUAUGAGAGCCCUUAACAAUUGCUGAACAUAGCCCUAAUUUGGGUCAAAUUUAUGACAAGGUAGGUCAUUUGCAGGCCUCCAGUAAAACUCACAGUCAGUAGAUCUAGGAGUCAGACAGAGUAAUUAUCCCGAAGUGAUGAACAAGACGACCUGCGGCAGAGAUGGACGAGACAGGGGCGUAAGUGCGGUGUAACUGCUGCAGUUGCAACACAAGGGAACAAGGCUGUGUGAGGGUCACUUGGCUAUAUCAGAUUGUCAUGGGUGGUGGUACGGACCCCUGAGUGUCUGAUGAGAAGUGGGAGUCUUCAGCGUGGAAGUGGAUUACAGGGCAACCGUACGCCCCCUGGUGUUGAGCACCAGCGUUUGAGCGGCCACAAACCAAGACGGUGUUGAGCACCAGCGUUUGUGCGGCCACAAACCAAGACCCUGUUGCAGCUUAGCGGAUCCCAGGAACUAGGAGCUUGAUAUGCAGACCUCCCAGGAACUGGAUAGGGGGGCUCUGCAGCAGACAUGUAUCCAGUACAGAAACAAGGCAAGGCUAGAACAGGCACCAAACAUGAAAACAAGACAGAACUAAUAGAACCCAGAACCAGAGCAGGACAGAAAGCGGAACUCAGAACAUGUACACAAGACAUGAGGAAAACAAGAACAAGGCAGGACAGGACUGUACAUGAACUGGGAUUACAAAAUAAAACAAGACAAGAUAUAAUAGGCAAAACAAGAGGAGACAUAACUAAGCACUAUAUAUGAAAAUCAUGGGGAUUUAGUUACGUUAUAUGAUCAUACAUUGCAUAAGCCUGCCACAACGCCAAUGUACCCCAGUUUCGGCAGGUCCUACAUUGCCCAAUGUAUGCUAAAACAACCAAAGAAGACAUAUAUAGCACUUACCUGCAAGAAGGGGCAGAAGCCUUGAGCAGCUGCCUGCAGGACACUGAAACAAAAGGAAUGAUGGAAAACAAACGGGUGUGGCAACAUAAAACAAACAUUUAAAGGAAACCUGGAGACUGGGAAUUCCAGGGACGGAUUACAGGGAUGAACCCAGAAAAACCCAGCAUAAAGAAAACCAGACAUAGAAUAGAAAACCAAAAAAACAAGAAAAACUAAACAAGAAUUGUAAAAAGAGUACUGGAUAUCAGAAACCAAAGCCAGACAUCUCCGCAGAACAUGGCAUGAUGUGACACAGAUGAAGACAGGGGUCUGCAGGAGCCGGAUGUGUAGUUGAAUGUAAGGGGCAUUCAGACCGUAAAGCAGCAGGAGUGUGGACAGUAUACUGUGGUCGAACGUUGCUUGAGCGGAAGACCCUGGAGGGAGGGGUGGUUGGACGCUGGUGGAGCGGAAGUAGAAGGGAGCUCGGGCAGGAUGUUGGAGGAGAGAGUCAAGUCAAUAAGGUUGAAGCUCCCAUGAGUCGGCUUCCAAGCAACUGGAUGGAAAGCAAGAGGUGAGUGGACCGGCAGGUGGUUUUAAUGUUGUGGCUUAGAGAUUUUCAAACAUCGUCCCACUGAACCAAGAUGCAUGUAUAUAGCUAAAGGUUCCUGUCAUAUACUAAAGGUAGGGAUGAGGUUUUCUCUUUUCAUUUUUUACAUAUACUUCAUUUAAAACAGAAUCUAUUUUCUUUUAGAACUUGAUGAAAGGAUCAUUAUAGUAAAAAUUAGUGUUAAGGUGCCAGUUUCCCUUUAAAGGUUUUGUGGGUAUUUGAUAACAGACAAAUUACAAUGAGCUAAUCUUUUCUCAUGUGUGGUCAAUCCAGAUUUGAGUUUCCAUAUAUAACUUUUUCUUUAAGUCAAUAAUGGUGAUUUUAUUUUGGGAUCUUAAAUUUCAAGUUUACACUCACAUGUUGAAGGAAAUUCAGAUGACAACAUUAGAAACAAUUUGUCUGCUUAAAUCCAUUCAAGUAUUGAGGUCAUUAUGAACCAUUUUAAAAGGAAAUACAGAGUUUGACUAUUUAGAAAUGCUGCCAACUUGACAUAGUAGCCGCUACAAAUUAAUUCUUCAAAACACUAUACAGUCUAUUACAUCUAGUGCUUUGUUCUGAAAUCAUUUGGAAAGAUAGAGUUGUUGGAGAUAAGGGUCAGAAAUGCAUGUGCCCUUUAAUUACCUAAAAAGAGGAAGACUCACCUGCUUAUACUGACCUAAUUAUUAAAAGAUUAAAAGGUUUAACUUAAUAUACAGCUUCAUCAGUCAUAUUUAGUUCACCCUUUUUUUCCCAAUCUGUAAUAAUUUUAUCUAGCAUUCAGUUUUAUUAUUUGGAAGGAUUAAGGGAUAAUCCCUCAUACAGCUUUAAAUAUUCUAUUACAUUACAAUCAGAUGACGCACAACCUUUAAUGCAGCAUAUUAGGCAUUUUUGCAAAUGAGAAACGCUGGUAGAACAAUCCGUGUUUAUGACACAGAUUGAUAUGAUUAUCAAUAAGUGAGUGAGGUUUGUGUAUGAUUCCAGAAUGUCAGAUAAUGUAAUGCAGUUAGGGAUUACACAUGUUAAAGAUCUACCUGGUUUGUAGAGUUGUAUUAAGUCAUUAUCAACACCUUAAUAAAGGUUCUCUUUGAGCCAAUACGUGGCUGUAUUCUAUCCAAUAAAAUUUGCCUCGGACCUCCUACAAGAGCCCAGUUAAAUCUUUUGUGCUAUUAAUGCUGGGAGCGUGGUUGCCUCUUGGCUUCAUUCUAUCUUUAAAGUGUGCGUACCAAAAUCUCUCACCCUAUACAUGGUUUAUAACACUAUCAAUAUUUUCUAUAUGAUCUAAGCAGAAUUAUCACAGUGUAUUCUGUUAAUAGAGAACUUUGUGGAAAUAAGAGCAUCAGUGCAUUCAAGCUUUGGUAAUUAUGUUUAAAUUUCGCAAAAAAAAAGCAAAUGCCCCAAAUCAACCUUGAACAAUGAAUAUAGGCUGACAUAACAGCACAGUUAAUCGACUUUUGAAAAAUAAAAGUAGCACCCAGUAAUAGUGUAGUAAUCUUCUAUGUUGAUCACUUGGUGGCAGUGUGCUCAAAAAUAGAAGCAAUUUGCUAUGUUGAUCACUUACUGGCAGUGUACCCAGAUUAAGAGGCAUGUUUAUGCAUAUUUACAAGACGUAAACUAGAAGCUGUAAUUACUACAACUUCUAUUUUGCUCAAUUGUGUGUAUGCAUAAAAUUACCUCUUUCUUUGAGUACAAUCCCACUAAGUGAUCAACACAGAAAAUGGCUUCUAUUUUGAGCUCACUGCCACCAAGUGAUCAACAUGGAAACAUUUAUACACUAUUACUGGGUGCAACUUUUAUUUCGCAAAACCGAUUAUGCUUUAAAAAUAUUUUUCUCAGCCUUUAAAGUACUGCUGCCUGUCACUCCUGUGUUUGCCAGGGCUGUAUUUUUGUAUUCUUUGUAUAUUUACAACAGUAUACUUAACAACACUUUGAAAUGCACUUGAAUUUAUAACUCCUGUGAUUCAUGAGGCUGUGAUUCAUGAGGACAUCCAUACUACAUGUCCAAACCAACACCAUUAGGACACUAUAAAUGUAUAUCCAUUGUAACUCUACGAGGAAACUGUAUCCACCAACAACUUUAAUAGUAUAAUGGUGAAGUUGCUAUUGCAACACCAUCAAGUUUAUAUUUUUCUGGUGGAAUUGCUAUGCACCACCCACUACUUUUUAUAGAGUUCUAAGGGUGGACCUGACUCCGCCAGGGCAGGGAAGUUAGAAACAAAGAAGCAAAUUCACUCAUGGCUGUUCACAACUUGUGAAGCCAGCUUUUAUCUCACCACACCAGGGGUAGGCAACCUUCUCCAAUCCAGAUUUUGUGGACUACAUCUCUUAUAAUCCUUUUCCAGCAUUAUAGCUGUAAAAACAUUACGGGAGAUGUAGUUCACAACAUCUGGAGUGCCAAAGAUUUCCUACCCUUGAACCACACUGUUCUCAUGGUGUACUGUGUCAGUUAAUAUACUGGCAGUUUCUGGUUGGGAGUGAGUGUAUGUUAGGAGCUACCCAUUCCGACGCUGUCUGUUUCUGGGUGACUUGACAGGAUAUAGCACUUCCUGAACUUUCUGCUGGUCAAAUGUCCUAAUUUGUUUUAUACCCCACCUCCUAUAGACUGUAAGCUCGUUUGAGCAGGGUCCUCUUCAACCUAUCGUUUCUUUAAGUUUUCUUGUAAUUGUCCUAUUUAUAGUUAAAUCUCCCCUCUCAUAAUAUUGUAAAGUGCUAUGGAAUCUUUUGGCACUAUAUAAAUGUCAAUAAUAAUAAUAAUAAUAAGUACCCUAGUGGAUGGAAAGCAGACAGAGAGCCAGGGAGCAGGGAGGAAGAAAUGAUAUUGGGAUCCCACCACUAGUAAGGGUGACCCCUGGUUGUAGCUGCUAUGGCAAUACAUUCCAAACCCAGUCUUUUUUCUUAACUAAGAAUUUGCAAAACUAUAAAUUCUUGGGGGAUUGGUGUUGAGAAAGCCUGUCUUCCACAAAGAAUGGAAAUAUUCCUUUAGUAAUUUAAUCUCAAUCCACAGUCACAAUGAUUAUAUUAUUUAAAUACAAUACUGCACAUAAAGGGAUAUUAGCCUUGCCAUAUGGUGUUCCCAAUGAUAUUGUUUCUUAUCUAUCACAGGGUACAAGAACAAGCAUCUACUGUUUCCAGGAGACAAGUAUUUACAGAGGAUGGUCAACCUACAACUCCACAUCUCUCUCCACGUUAUGGACAAGACAGGAAUCGCCUAUCUACAUCUUCUUUGGUAUCUCAGCUAACUGGAAGUGAAGAUGAAGUAUUUGGUACUUCAGAAAUGACUUCUGUCACUCAGCAGAGUAGACAAGCAGGAAAGACUCAGUCUCGAAGUCUGAAGGAACCACUCAUGAAGGAGCAUCACAUAAAUCAUUCACAUUUAUCACAUAGUAAAAUUCGGUCUGCAACAGAAACGGACAACAUCCAGCAGAUGUCAAAGACUGCUUCCCAACCCACUAAUGCUCAGGAAACAAGACCUAAAACUCCCUCUCGCUUCAUACGGCCUCCUACCCCAUCCAAGCAAAUCACUCAAAACAAAGGGAUAGACCAUAAACUUUCAAUACAUUCUGAUAAUACUGCACGGCCUCUUUCUCCAACUAAACAAGUGAACUAUUCAACAAAACAAGAAUUAAAUUCAAGGAGUGGCAUUUCAUCCAUUCCGGCUCCCAACAGGCCUCCUACACCGAGCAGAAAUUACCAAAUUGAAUUACAAAACAGAGUCAGAAGCAAGUCUGUGGGAAAUGAACUCAUAAAACCUCACGAGAGACUUAGUGCAACAAGGAGUAUAUCUACAAAUGAUGCACAACACAAAAAUGUACGAAGUGGUCGUUCAACUCCUCAUAUCCAACAUAACAAGAAUGGAAUGACACAAAUAAAUGAAAGGGACUCUAGCCAUACUCCAGGGAUGCAAUUGGAUAGCGAUUCAAAAACCCCAGGUAACUCAGGUAGUGUGGAAAGAGAUAGCAUGUAUACACCAUUACCAAUGGAUCCAGAGCAAGAGAAAGCAUUGUAUCGGAGCUUGGAAGAUGAGAUUUUAUCAAACAUCAAAGUUUUAGAAGGUGAUUCUGAUGAAAACAACAACUUAGAAAGCAGGCAAAGAGUUGUUACGCCAGAGUGUAGUGUAUCUAGUGAUACAGCGGUUCAUGACUUUAACAUGAAAGGGAAACCUGCAUCCUCUGUGCCUUCGAUUACAAAUUCGCUUCAGACACCAAAUGGAGAAACGCAAGUUCCCAGAAGUGGGGUAUAUAUAAACACAAAAUGGCAAUCAGGUGCAAGCUUUGAUGAUGUGAUCUCAGAACUUGCCUCAGGGCGCCUGAAGCUUAAUAAAGUCGAUGUAGAAGAUUGGAUUUCCAAGAUACCACCAAAAGGAACAGUCUGUGAUUUUACAGAAAGAGAUUUUCCUUCCUUGCAAGUGAAACUUGAGAAAAAGCAAUCAAUAUCACAAAGAGGUCUUGUUAAAAAGAAAUCUUUUGCUGAAUCAAAGAGAAUCAAACCAAAGCAACUACCUUCUCAAAGAGCUCGGCAAAUGGCAAUGGAAGCAAAGAAGAAAACAUUAGAAACUGUGUCAACACACACAUCAUCUGCUAACCAGGCUUCAUCAGUUGUAUGUCCUAAUGAUGAACCUGGCACUGAAGUGAAGACAUCACAAGUAGGAAAGCCAAAAAGAUCCCUGAAGAAGCCAGAAAGAGUCCCAUCUAUUUAUAAACUCAAGUUGCGACCAAAAAUCCGACCUCGACAAGAUAACAGACCUGAAAAAAAGCCAUCCAGAAUUCCUACUCCUAUUACAUAUAGACAACUGCACAGCAGAGCAAAAUCGAAAGAACCAGGAAGCUCACAAAACAAAAAUACAGCAGUAGCCAGGACUCAGAAUGUCUCACAGGCCACAACAGUCAGUGCAGAAGACCCAGAUUCUGAUGAAGGAGCUUGGUCUUCAGAACUUUCUGCUUCCACAAAGGUUACAAAUUCAAAUAAUAAUCAAAGUAAUGAUGUACAGAAUCCAGAUAAAACAGAGGAGGACGAAGAAUCAUGGGUCUAGGAAAUAUUGGUAUGCUUUAAGUAGUAUAUAACAUCAUCUAAUUUAAUCCAUUGUGAUCUUUGGCAAAAGCCUUUGCCAUACUAUGCCUCAGUGCUUUAAGGUUUGUAAAUACAGUAUAAUCAAUAUAGAUGUUAAAAUGGGCUAUAUGAAUGUUUUUACAGUAAAGAGAACAUUGCGUUAUAAGACAUCACAAGCACAGUUACUUAGUAUUAUGUAUGUGAGCCAUUAUUUAGUCUAAUUGCAAACUUUUGAUCAAAAAUAAAAUGUUUAAAAUAUUACGACACAACUGAUCACCUUUAGUUGUCAAGGGAAACAUACAUAAUUAAGAGCAUUUUAGCACUCUGGCAGGUUAAUGGCCCUUAUUUAUGGAGAUUUUUUAUAUAUAUAAAAAGCUGGUUUCUAAUGUUUAGUAUAAUCUAGGAGAAGUCAAUGCAAAUAUUUCUAUUGCACAUUUUUUUAAAAAUAUGCAGUUCACUGGAUAGGUUUUCACUCCCACUGAUGUUUCUACAUGUUGUAGCCAGGAAAUUAAAUGGUACAAUAAAAUCACUAAAUACCAAAUUGUAAUGAACUGUAACUCAUACAGUCAGGAAGUUUUCUUCUGCUCCCGUUAGCUCGACAGAGCAUGCCUGCUUUCCCUCCUUCUCAAUGAGCAGUACUACAGCUCAUUGAGAAGCAUGGAAAGCCACGAGCAUGUGCGACUGCAUGUGUGUCUCAAGCACAGAGGUUUCUCAGUGAUAAGCCUGUGAUUGGAUUAUUCCCAAGCACAAACUGUGGCUGGGGAAGAGAGAUGGAUUGCAAAGGCUACAGACAGCAAGUCUGCAGCUAGGCAGAGAAAAAUGCAUGCAUGUUUUUUUUUUGUGUUCGUAGGUAUCUCUACUGUAUAAUAAAAAUAAAAGCAACAGAGUGUUCCUUUAAUUCAGUAAUGUGUUUUGAAGAAUGUCACUGUUUAACUCCUCUUAUUGUAUGUCUCUAUGGUUUACUAUCUUCCUCAUUCUCGCAUCUCCCUCCCUAUACUCAACCCGCAUCUCUGUCUUUCCUCUUUUAUCAACCCCCAUCGGCGUGUCACCUACUCUGGAAAACUGCAUCCAUGUCUCUUCUCCUGUUCAAAACUCCAAUCUGUCUCACCUCCUGUCCAAACCCCCAAUCUGUGUGUCACCUUCUGUCCAAACCCCCAAUCUGUCUCACCUCCUGUGCAAACCUCCAUCCUGUCCAAACCCGCAAUCUGUGUCACCUCCUGUCCAAACCCGCAAUCUGUGUGUCACCUCCUGUCCAAACCCGCUAUCUGUGUAUCUCCUCCUGUCCAAACUUACAAUCUGUGUCUCUCCUUCAGGGCAAACCCCAUCUAUCUCUUCUCUCCUGUUAACCCACAAAAUAUAUGUCUCUCCCUAGUUCCAAUUAUUUUAGUCUUCCUGUCCUGUCAUAUGGCUAUCUUAGCUAUAAGAUAAGGCCAGGGACUAAUGAAAGAAUUUAUAAAAUUGGGCAGACUAGAUAGGCCAAAUGGCUCUUAUCUGCCAUCACAUUCAAUGUUUCUAUGUCUAAAUCCCCAUCUUUUAAUUUUUUUAUUUAUAUUGCCAUUUAUAUAGCGCCAACAGAUUCCGUAGCGCUUUACAAUAUUUUGAGAGGGGGGAUGUAACAAUAAAUAGGACAAUUACAAGAAAACUUACAGGAACAAUAGGUUGAAGAGGACCCUGCUCAAACGAGCUUACAGACUAUAGGAGGUAGGGUAUUAGAAACAUUAGGACAUGAAAUAUCAAGUAGGAGUGAAGCAGAGCUGGAGGAGAGAGCAAAGCACUGUCCCAUAGGAGAGAGCAGGAGACAGGUAUGUAAGGUAGAGAUUACUCUGGGAGGCCAUAAGCUUUCCUGAAGAGAUGGGUUUUAAGGCCCUUCUUAAAUGAUUGAAGACUAGGGGAGAGUCUGAUGGCAGUAGGCAAGCUAUUCCAUAGGAGAGGAGCCGCCCGCGUAUCUCCUUGUCUCCCACAUCCCUCACUUACCUGCAGGCUGGGGAAACUGCUGGCGAACCUGCUCUGUGCAGCUCCCCCAUGUAUUUAGUCAGCAGAGAGCAGCAGGAAGAUGAUGUAACUUCCUAGCCCUCCCUCUCUCCACACACAGCGAACCCUAAUGGCGGGCGCCAGUAUUGCAAAUCAUAAUCUCAGUCUGGGAUUAUGAGAAAACUACCUAAAAAAACUACCGGCAUUUGUAUUGGGACUAUUGGUGAACAGAAAUAUUUACAUAUAGUCUCACCUGGAUUGAGGUCUCACCUUAAAGUCAUUCCACAGUAGCCUGUGUGUUUAAUGUCAUUAUCCUCCUAAAAUGUGAAGAUUCUGCACUUGUCUCUUGUUUUGCAGAUAAAAACAAGCUUCCCUCCACAGUUGCCCUAUGUUUGACUCUAUCCAUCUAAAAUAUAAGCCAUUUUAAUACCAGUGCUAAGAACUGUGAAUACAUCCAGUGAUUACUUAUGCAAUAUGUAUAUGGGGUUAUUCGCUAAAGUGAGCAUUGUUGGAAAAUAUCCCAACUGAAAAACGUCCGUAAUGGCUACUUUGUGUUAAAUAUGAAUUCACUCUGAAUUCCCAACAAUUCUCACUGUAGUGAAUAUUCUUAACAGUAUUUAUAUCUUUUUUAUAUCAUUUUUGUGCUCAUGUGUCAUUGACCUGGUGUGUAUUGUGUUCAUAUUUUAUAUUAUUUUUAAAGUGUAAAGACAAACAUAUUAUCAAAUUUCACUUUAUGUGUGUUACGGCGUUACAAAAAAAGAAUGAUUUGAAAACACUGUUCUAACAGUUUCAUUAGAUAAACUGCUACCUAUAUAUAAAAACAAGAUAACUUUGCCAAGCUGUUUAAAGAUUUCUGUUUUUUAUUGACUCAAAUUAUCUGGGCAAAAAAAUUAAUCAAGAGUAUUUCUUGAAGGCUUGAAAUCAGCACGUGGCAUUCAUUUUUUUGUUUUACAAGUUUUCUGAAGCGCUCACGGAGGCAGUUUCAACAUUGUAAUGGUAUUAGAAAGAGGUAUAUUGAAUUUACACACAUGAACAUUGAUCAUAGCAAAUCAAUUACAGAAGGCAAGCAAAGUAGUCAUUAUUUAUUUUUAUAAUAAUAAAAUAAAGAAACAUUUGUUUAAAAGCAGUUCGUAGUAAAUUGUUCUGUUUAUUUUUCCUCAUUUUGUACUGGAUUUGCAUAGACAUACACCUACAUUUUUAAUUUGUGAAUAAUGGUUAUUAUUUUCUACUACGUAUGCAUUGCAUGUGUAUUGUUCGUGGAGAGGGCUCAAUGCUGGCUUUUAAUGUCAGCACACUCAUCAUGUACCCUCAAGCACGCACUUACACAACUAUUAUCUAAGUAAAAUAUUCCACAGUCUGUAUAUGAUACUGAACUAGGUGCUAAUGAAUGAAAUAUUCUACCCAUAGGGGCCAAUAUCAAAAUACACCCCAAGGACAAAUUGGGAUUAGCCCCCCCCUUCCGCCUAGCUGGUGUGUCUGUACAUAGGCCACGUGAAACAAGUCAUUAAUCUACCAAUUCCAACCAACCUUAAAAUGGCUCUGUUACCAGAAAUGUUAUUUGUAUCACCAUAUGCAUUGCUGCUUUUAGCAACACUUGUUUUGCAGAAAAUUUCUUAAAUAUGGUUUUUAAAAAAUCACAUUUCUAAAUGUUCAAAUUCUUGUGCAGAAAGAAUUCUGGCUCUGCAGGAUGUUCUAAUACCUGUGGUUUAUGAUGUGGGAGUUAAUUAGCUCAACUGUAGGAAUUUCAGCUUCUCAUUGAAAUAUUCUGUAGCUUUUUAUGUAUUUAUUUUGUCGUCAAAUGGGAAUUAUGGUUAAACUUUCUAUAUUGUUUUAGCGGACUCACAGGAAAAUCAAAACCGGGACAGAGCCACGUUUAGCAGACAGGAGUGCUCACAGUGUGAGGCAGUUUUCUUAUGGAUGGUAUGCUGAAGUAACACCCAUUAGCUUACAUAAUUGUGUUUGGUGCAUUUUAGUAAUAUGUUCCACCAUCAGUUUAAUAUACACAUAACAUUAUUUUCCCACAUGACAAACCUUUUAUUUAUGUUUCCUGCUUUUAUGAGUUAGAAAAACUCAGACUUAUCACAAUUGUACAAUAAAGCAAGAAGAGAGUUCGUAUAAAGUAGAAUUGCAACUUAGAUACCUGCUUAGAACAGCUACAAUAAAACACAGAUAUUUAAGAUAUAACUGGACAUGGUUAAACUAAUCUCUGGCCGGUUAUAAAGCCCAACCAUAAUUAAUAAUCCAAAAAAAAUUAAAGAAACAAUUAUAAUUAAUAUAUCUGAUAAAUUUAAAUUAUUUUACGUGUUUUAGUGAUUUGCAAGUACCUGCACUUUUAUGUAGGUUUUUGACGGCUAAAAUCAUUCCCCAGUAAACAGUGGGUUAAUUUUGCAGUGUAUUAAAAACAAAUUCCAUCCUUUGUAUAAUGUGCUGAACAUUAAAUACAAAAUAAAUAUAGAUUUUUAAAAUCAACAUUUACACUAAAAUACUACAGCCCACAAAUAUCUUUCAAGGUUAAUUUCUGAAAUGGUAUUAAUGAUCUAGAACCUAGGGAUUAUGGCUACAUAAUCUGCAGUUUCUAACUACAUCACUAGAGGUAGCUGUUCACAUUUAAUUUAGGGCUACAUGAAUGUAGUGAAAAUCCAGGAAUAGUGCACUAAAGGCCUUCUGUAUCACUCAUUUGCGUCAUCUUCUUGAAUACAAUUAAACAGAGUAGAGCAUGGGUUUAAUCUAUUCUACACCAUUCUAUUCCGAGGGUAACAGACAAAAUUAUGAAUUCUAGUUUGAUAGUACAGAAGUCCUCAUAUCCAUUUUUACCAAGCAUGCUAGAAAAAUGUUAUCCGUAUCACCACUCUCAUUAUAUGUAUAACAACACUAGUAUGAGACAAAUACAUCCAAUUUUAACAGCCUUGCCUUCUAAAGAUGAAACAGAUUCUAAGUACAACAAUCUUCCAAAAUACUUUUCUGUCUAGGUUUUACCCAUGUUUUCCAGAGUUUAUACCAGCAACCAUGCUUACAGGGAAAACUCCAAUAACAAAAUAUUUAAUUUAAAAAAAUAAAAAUAAAUUAUAUAUUCAAGGUUCAAUAAAGGGCACAUAAAAGCAGGCACUAAAAACUCAAUAGGGGUUAUUCACAAAACAGCAAUUUGACUUUCACAGAGCUAGUUUAGUUGAUUGUUUUUCCCAAAUCAGCACUUUUUGACUACAUUUCUCAAUUCAGUUUUCAAUUCACUACACUUAGUUUUUUUGGGAUUAAAACCCAGUGUAAUAAAUAUUAGACAAGGGUGAACAUUUCUUAAAAUAUAAGAAAAACCCACAUGAUCAUAGUACUCUGCCAUUUGUUUGAACUAAUGCAGCCUAUAAUUUUGUGUUGUAAGAAACGCUCACCCAUAAAUAAACAGUAUGCUUUCAAAAAUAUAUAAAAUACCUUAAAUGAAUUUAGUCUUCAUUAUUAUGCAAUUACAUUUUUUAAAAUAACUUUUUCCUUCUUUAAUGCUAUUUACCUUUUUAAAGUGAACCUGUCAUGGUACACACAGGUUAGGCUCAAUUUAAAGGUACACUCUGGACUACGAACGUACCGUAGAUUGCUGAAGUGUUUUAUGUAUGAAGAGUGUGUCCUCUCUUUUAUUUACAAACAGUGCAGAUUUCAAUAUAAAUAAACGUUCAUAUGCCUCCCUGGCUAUCAGUCAGACAACUGAUCCUGUUACUUCCUGAUUGUUUAACUCAGUGAUGCAAAACUCAAGAGGCAGCUAUUGCCUAGAGCACCUACCUAGCAAGACUUCUCAUUGAGUUACAGUGGAAAGUCUGUGAUUGGACAGCCACAGAAAGUCUUGGCAGGGGAAGAAGAGGAGGGCUUGCAAAGACAGUAGACAAGAUAUCUGCAGCUUUUGCAAGCUGUUUUUUUGAUAUACCCCCAAUGAAAAUGCAUGCAUGUUUUCAUUUUGGGUAAGUAUACUAAACAUUCUAGCAAAUGUAUAUAUUUUAAUGUAGAGCUCUUUAAAAAAAUGUUCCCUCCAUUACCUUUUUCUCAAAUCCUCAGCAUUAGACCGGUAUGCCAGCAGUACACAGGGUCUAAUGCUGUAGACUAAAAAGGAGAGUAACAUGACCAUUCUCCAGGUAAUUUUUCAUAUGUUCCGACACUGAAGCCAGAUUUCAGCAUAUAUAGAUGGUUGUGUUGGGGAAGUGUCUCCAAGCAGGGUCAAUCUCAGCAGACCCUGGUGGAAACAGAGGAUGGCUGUUACAACACUAACACCCAUGGAUCCUCUGAGACGGCAGCACAGGAGCAAGGAGUGGCAGGUAAGAAAUUAUAUAGCAUCUCCCAAAAGCUCAUAAAUAUAUGAUUUAUCACUAUGACAAAUCUUGUUUAGUUUCUUUGGAGCUUGUCAAGUGAGACAGUCAUGGCAGGUUCACUUUAAGAAGCAAAUUAUACAUCAUCCAGCAGCAGUCACAAGUGCAGGAGUGGGCUUUCAGCAUCUGAAAUGAAGCAUCUCUCAUAGCAGGAAAAUGAUAAAGUAGUGCAGCUAGUCUGAAUACUACAAUGAUCUCAAUGUGUCAGCAAUGAGUGACAGUUGUGGACAUGUAACACUUGACUAUCAGUGGUGAAUCACCUGGGUCCCAGGAAUGAAACAGCAAAUUGCUUGUUAUCUGCAAAUUUUGUAGGGGACAAGGCCAUAUUUUGAUCUUUAUACAUUUAAUCUAUAAAUUGUGCUAAUAAAAUAACAGAAACUGUAUACAUUUAAAAUAUACAUCCUGUACAUCAUUUUCUCCUCCUCAGGAUCACUGCCAGAUAGAUAAAAGGCAGAAAUAAGAACAGUUCUCCAAACUAUGUGUAUUUUUAAUGCUGCAGUCACUUAGAGGUCACUACAUGAGCUAUGGAAUCCAUCAUUGUACUCUUUACUAAGAUGGUAUAAUGGUAAUGCAGAUGAACAUAGAAAAAAUAAUAUGAGAACUAUACAUUAGAUGGAGAUUGAGCUAGCAAAAUGUAUAGAGAUUCCCACUCCCCUCCCCCCUCCCCCCUUAAAAGUGACACCAACAGGGUUAAUAACUAAAGUGCGAAUUCAUUUUAAUUUCAAAGUUAAUUUCAAAUUUAAGGCCAGGGUAGCUGAACUGGGAGCGUAGCUGACUUAGGGAAUGUUUCCAGUUUGGUUAUUUUGACCUUAAAUUUACUUUGAAUUCUUACUUUAGAGAAUAGACCUGCAUAUCAGAAUAGCUGAUUACAAGGUCACUUUUGAAAUUACCAGAAAAUGUAUUUUAAGAAAAAAAAACAGGCUGGAGUCACGGAGCCGGGCAUAGUGCUGGACUCUAUAUUGUGGCCCACGAGAGGCGUCGGAUGACCAAGCCUGGACAAUUACUUGAACCAUCGUCUAGUUUCACGAUCAAGCCUAUACUUGUGACCACAGUCAUAUGCCCUUUGUCCCUUCUAACCCUGCUUAUUACCCAGUGGUAAUUUUCUCUGAGAAUCUACAGUUUAUGCCAGAUUUUAUUUUAACCUUGCAUCUCAUACUAUGCCUUUUCCUGCAAUGUACUACUCAGGUCUUCCAGUGCUUAGAUUGAGCCUGUCCAAAUAGAUUAGCUCAACAUAACUUGCUGUGUAUUCUUUAACUUCAGAAAAUGUCUUUAUACAGCACAGGCUAGGAUCUGACAUCUUGCUUAAUAGUGCAUACAGGAACAGUGUUCAUCUUAUUUUUUCUGUUUUAUUGAUUUUAAUUUUACAAAAGUGCGACAAUCCUGACAAGCUAUCUAUUGUCUUCAUAAACUCAUCUUGUUCUCCUUGCAUGCUAACUAAAACAACAAAAGGUGCAGUAAAAAUGCAUAUGACCAGUGGUAACUCUAUCUAACUAGACUAACUUUUCUUCUUUUCUGAUUGUAAUAGUCGCAUUAGGCAUAAUUCCCUCCUGUUCACUCUCACAAUCCGUAACUAACCCUCAUGACCUAUGCAUAAUCGGUGUAGCGCGAGUUGUACCCCAUAAUAUACCUAAGCAUACCAUAGUUACCUACUGUGGUCUACUCAUGCAUAUCCAGCAUGCAGAUCCUGCCCUUUCUGUUGUGACUUUGUUUCCACAUGCAUUUUUUACUUUUAUUUUUUACUCUUAACAAAAAAAUGUGCAGUCAAUCUUGACAUGUACCGAACUUCAAAUUGACUCACCAAUGUUCAUUAUUUCUCUAUAUGUCAACGCAUAUCUAUGUUCGCACCACUGCACUACAAAAUAAAGAUUUAUUUAAAAAAAAGAACAAAAAACAGGUGUAUUUAUUUUGACUGCUUCCUUCUUCACCUUCAAAAUGGUCACCGGAAGGAAUGGAGUUUAAAUGCGGAUGCGUGUUCAUACAAUGUCCACAGCAUUCCACAACUUAGAGUGCUAGGUAUUAUGGGAUGUUGCUGCCUUACCUUUAGAUUGGGAUGCCAUAUUGUAUAAAUCAUUAAUAUCAGCUAACAAGCAUACAGUAAAUAUAAACUGCAAUUACAUUUAACUAUAUGUUUGCUCAUAGCAUGGCUAGCACAACAUAUAGAUAGAACAUUAUUGUUUAUGAAGUGACACCUUUUUUCAUGACCUGCGCAUUUUAAAAACUGCAUGCUAUUUUCCCAUAAUUUUGGUUGAAUAGUAAAAACUGUAGAAAAUGUUUUUUUAACAUUUAGUGAAACUAAAAUUAUUAUUAUACAUUAUUUUUAUUUUUUUAAUUAAAAGGGUAUCAAUAUUUGCACAAGCUGCCUUGGGGUAACUGAAAGCAGGGAUCGCAAACUUUGCCCCCCGCCCACGGAUGUUCAUGGCCUACAACCCCUGAACACCUUGGACCCAAUAGAUGGCAGGAGAAUCAUGGGAGUUUUAGUUCAGCAACAUUUGUUGGGCAGGAGUUUGAGAAGCAUGCUUUAAAGGUGACCUUCAAAAUCAGUACCCACCAAAAGAAAAAUGGAAGGAAGUUUGGAGUUUGCAAUAUAAACCCAUAGUUAGUUUAGAUGGCACUUGUUUUACUUUCCCAGCACUGACCUCUGAAAAAAAAUUGUACUAAUAUCAUAGUCUUGUCUGAAAACAUGGUGAAAACACUUCAAACUGCCGAGAGGAUCCACACUCUCCUGUUGUAACCUUUUGGCUUCCAUAAAUUUACUUUGAGGAACCUCACACUGGGAGUGAAGAUGCUGCUAAUUUGUAAAUCCUUCUUCAAGGACGACAACCUCAUGUAGCAUUUUAAAUAUAUUAUUAUUAAAGAUCUCAGCUCUUCCAUUCCAGAUCAUGCUCCUCUCAAUUAUAGUGUUAAAAAUAACAAUGUAUUCAGUGAUAGAUUUAGGCUUUCAAAUGAAACCCAGGCAACAUCAUGUUAUUUGUGUGUGCAUAAUUGGACAUAACUGCAUGGGUGGUGUGUUUAUGACUUGAGAUAUUUAUA